GUGUGAGUGUGGAAACUCUAGUGUGUGGUUUAGUGCGAGGAAGGAGCCGGGGUAAGACUUACGGCGGCUGUAGCCUUCACCGCCAUGGCUACAGCGAAGAUGAAGCCGCCCGGCGUUAGUCUUCUCUUAGCAUUAUGUUACAUCUCAGUGGUUUCUGCUCAAAUUAACUUAGGACAAGGACUUCAAAGAGAGAUAUUCUUUCUGAAGUUAGAAGAUGGAUACUUCGGCUGCCAGGUCAACGAGUCGACAGAGGUGUUGCAGUUGUUUGAACUCUCGCGCCUCUGCGACGGCACGCCAAACUGCUUCCUCGGCUCCGACGAAAACUUUAACGAACUGAAGUGCACAAACACUUGCCCGUACACUCAAGGCCACAAGUGUAUCAACGGCGCCUGUCUCGACGGCCUGUGUCACUGCGACGAUGGCUUCGGCGGGUGUGGCUGCGAGUCUCCAGACGAGAACGAGUGCAAGUACCGGCCGUGUGACGUGUUCGCGAAGUGCACCAACACUCUAGGGUCCUUCACUUGCACCUGCUUCCCGGGUUACGAGGGGGACGGCUUCUCCUGCAACGACAUCGACGAGUGCCUGGAUCCCGUGCUGGCUGGCAAGUGUGUGGAGAACGCAGAGUGCUGUAACCUUCCCGCCCACUACACCUGCGAGUGCAAGGAAGGCUUCCUCGGGGACGGGUACACUCAGUGCGUUGACAUAGAUGAGUGUCAAAAGCCUGGUGCGUGUGGCAGCAAUGCACUCUGCACUAAUCUGGUGGGAAACUACACAUGCACAUGCCCAGAAGGCUACUUCGGCAACCCGUACAAUGGGUGCGCUGAUAUGGAUGAAUGUGAACGAGUUGACUCUUGUGGACCCUUCGCCAAGUGCAUCAACCGAGAGGGAGGACACGACUGUGAGUGCCCCACUGGCUACCAGGGUGACCCGUACUCCCGCAGCGGUUGUCAGGAUAUCAACGAGUGUGAGAAGAGCCCUUGUGCUACCAAUGCCCUCUGUGUGGAUAGCAUCAGCAACUAUACAUGUGCCUGUCCACCUGGAUUUGUUGGUGAUCCCUAUGACAUGUAUGGGGCCUGCAAAGAUAUUAACGAGUGCGUCGACCCGGAGGAGAAUGAGGUGGAGGUAACAACAAUCCUCCCCCUGGGACAACCAUCCAACUGGUCCUUCCCGUGCGGCACAGCAGCCACCUGCAUGAACACCCAUGGCUCGUACAAAUGUGUGUGUCCUGCAGGCUUUACUGGCAACCCAGAACAGGCAUGCUCUGACAUCAAUGAGUGUGGGCUGGCCACCACCUGCAGCCCCAACGCCAAGUGCCUCAACGUUCCUGGCUCCUUCAAGUGUUUUUGUCCACCUGGCUACGAGGGUGACGGGAAGGAGACCUGCAGCAAUGUAGAUGAGUGCCUGACCAAUCCAUGUGGUGCCAAUGCUGUGUGUUUGGACAGUGUCGGUAGCUACUCAUGCCAGUGCCAACCUGACUACACUGGAGACCCUUACUCCGGCUGUGUGGACAUUGAUGAGUGUGCAGCUUAUGACCGACCAUGUGGCAUCAAUGCUGUCUGCCAGAACACUCAGCCUGGCUACACCUGUGUUUGCCCCCAAGGAUUCAUCCCAAAACCUAGUCCUCAGGUGGCAUGUGAGCAGGCCAAUGUGAGCAUUCCGUGCCUUUCAAACUUUGAUUGCGUGAACAAUGCUGAGUGCUUGGAGAGACAGUGCUACUGCCGUGAUGGUUUCAAGGCUGUGGGUGCAGUAUGUCAUGAUGAGGAUGAGUGCCAGUCAUCUCCCUGUGGUCCUAAUGCCCAGUGCCAGAACAUUCCAGGAAACUUCCAGUGUACUUGCAAUGCUGGUUUUCUUGGCAACCCACCAGAGUCUGCCUGUAAAGCUCCAUGUGAGGGUAUCCAAUGUGGUCCAAAUGCCUACUGUAAACCAGAUGGAGUGGAGGCCAUGUGUAUGUGUAAAUCAGGUUGGACCUAUGAUCCAGUGGACAUCUCUGCUGGCUGUGUGGAUGUGGAUGAGUGUUCAGCAGGAAACAGACCAUCAGGGCAGUGUGGGGACAAUGCUCUGUGCACCAACACCCCUGGCUCAUUCUCCUGCCAGUGCCCACCAGGCUUCACUGGCAACCCCAAUGUCAAGUGUUUGGACAUUAACGAGUGUCUUGGACACCCGUUCCCAUGUGGCAAGAAUGCCAAGUGCAUCAACACCUUGGGCAGCUUUGAGUGCUCCUGUCCUCACCCACUCACCGGAGAUCCCCUCCAGGAAUGUGAUGUGGAUGAGUGUCGGCGGCCUGGAACAUGUGGUUUAGGUGCUGUGUGUACUAACACCCCUGGCUCCUACACCUGUGUCUGUCCACCUCACACAGUUGCUGAUCCUGAUCCUUUCACUCAGUGUCUUGAAAUUAUGAAGUGUGAAGAGGAUGAUGAUUGCCCUGGCAAUGCACUCUGCCUUGUCAAGCAGUGCAUGUGUCCUGACCCAAACAUUGGAGACGACUGCAGACAUCCUUGUGAAGAUGUGCGUUGUGGUCCUAAUGCUGACUGCAAGCUAAUCAAUGGACAGCCUAAAUGCAUAUGUAGUCAAGGCUACAAUGGCAAUCCAAUCAGUGUGUUUGGAUGUACAGAUGUUGAUGAAUGUGCCAAUAACCCAUGUGGUCCAGGAGCUGUGUGUCGCAAUGAGCCAGGAACCUUCACCUGUGAGUGUCCCUCAGGUUUUGAAGGCAACCCAACACGUGAAGGCUGUGUGGCAGUGGAACCUCCUGGCUGUGGCCCUACCCAGCCUUGUCCAACAGGAGAGCAGUGUGUGCAAGACAAUUCUGUUGAUAAGAAUGUAUGCGUCUGUCGUCGUGGUUACACACGUGAUCAGGUUACUGGCCGAUGCCAGGACAUAAAUGAGUGUGUGGACAAUCGUCAUGUGUGUGGACUCAAUGCUAUCUGCAAAAAUCUUCCUGGGUCCUAUGACUGUCAGUGUCCACCAGGCUUUGAGGGCAACCCCUUCAGUGUCUGUGAACGCUGUAACACACUGGAGUGCACCUGCUUACCACCAUACCGCAUUGUGGAAGGCAAUUGUGUGUUGGCAAACUGCUCAUUGGGGAACAAAUGUCCUUCUGGGGCUGAGUGUGUCACCAUCCAAGGUGGCCUCAGUUACUGUGCAUGUCCAAAGGGUUUCACCACACUGGCUGAUGGAUCUUGCCAAGAUGUGGAUGAGUGUGCUGUGCGUCAGCCUGAUGGAAGCCCCCGCUGUGCCCUGAAUGCCGAGUGCUACAAUCUAGUGGGUGGAUAUGAUUGCCGCUGCCCACCAGGAUAUUCUGGGUCCCCAUUCACCUCUGGUUGUUCUAUAUCUAAAAUACAAUGCAGAAGGGAUGAUGAUUGUGAGGAAAACAAACGCUGUGUUCAGCCAGGCAAAUGUAUCUGUCCUCCACCAUAUUUUGUUGACAGCCAAGACAAUGCCAAAUGUAAGAGUCCAUGUGAGGCCUUCUCCUGUGGCAUCAAUAGCAAGUGCACUCCCUCUGAUCCACCUCAGUGUACCUGUCUGCCAGGCUUUGCAGACAAGGGUCCUGCUGGCUGUGUUGAUAUUAAUGAAUGUCAGGAGAUUAAGUGUGGGCAAAAUGCCAUAUGUAUUAAUGAGAUUGGAAGUUACAAGUGUGAGUGUCCUCCUGGCACUGUGGGAGACCCAUUCCAUGGCACAUGUACUGGUACACAGAUAGCAGAUUGUCUCAGGGACACUGACUGUCCAGGUGACCUUGCUUGCACACCCACAGGGAAUUGUGUCAAUCCAUGUGAUUCUCUCCCCUGUGGUAAAAAUGCUUAUUGUGAAGCUGAGGAACAUGCUGCAUGGUGCCGCUGUCACCCAGGAUACGCUGAGGGACCCAGUGGGGAUUGUGUGUCCAUGUGUGAGGGCUUCCUUUGUGGGCCCAGCUCAACAUGCAUUGUGACCAGUGAUGGUCCAACCUGUAAGUGUGAGGAAGGAUUCAAUGGCAACCCCUUCCCUGGUGGUAGUUGUGUGCCCUCCCAGUGCUCACCCACCAGCCCAUGUGAGGAGCCUCAGGUGUGCAUAAAUGGACGGUGCAAGGAGCGGUGUGAAGGGGUCGUGUGUGGCAUUGGAGCCAAGUGUGACAAGAAUACCAACAAAUGUGUAUGUCUUCCCUUCUUCUUGGGUGAACCUGAUCUCCUCUGUGUUGCACCGGUUACUCCACCCCUCUGCACUCCUAGCUGUGGAGGCAAUGCUCACUGUGAAUAUGGUGAACCAAACCGCUGCGUAUGCAAUGCUGGAUACAGUGGCAAUCCAUACAAGUCCUGCGAGUCAGAAGAUAGUGAGAGGGCAGACUGUUCCAACACCAAGUGUGGCAGCGGUGCUCAGUGUCGCCAGGGGGUGAAUCGCGUAGACUGUGUGUGUCCAGUUGGGUACCAAGGAAACCCAUAUGUGGAAUGCACUGAUGUGGAUGAGUGCAUUGGUAAUGCCUGUGGCAUGAAUGCUAUCUGUCUCAAUACACCUGGGAGCUUUGACUGUCGAUGCCAAGAAGGUUUUUCUGGCAAUCCAUUCAUCAUGUGCAUGGAAAUAGACAUAAAAGAUGACCCCUGCCUUGUAGAUCCUACAGCCUGUGCCCCACCUGCCUGCUUAGGAGUGGUGUGUGGCCCUAAUGCUGUUUGUGACCAAGGAUCUUGCUCCUGCCGUUCAGGUUUUCAGGGAGAUCCUAAUGACAAGGAGGAAGGCUGCCAGUCAUCAGGGUGCCACAAUGAUCUUGAAUGUGAGGAUGAUGAGAUUUGUUUUCCAAGUAAUAGACAGCGAACAUGUGAAGAAGCAUGCAACAGAGUGGAGUGCGGCCCUAAUGCCAUUUGUGUGGCUCAGGAUCAUCGAUCCUCUUGUCUCUGCAAAGAAGGCCAUCGUGGAAAUCCCAAUGAUCCUACCUCAGGCUGUGCACCAGAUGACCGUGAGGAUGAGUGCGAUGAUGAUGACAGCUGUGAUGAUGGCAAAGUGUGCCAGGUAGACCUACAAGGGAUGCGAGCAUGCAUUGACCCAUGUUUCAGCCACACGUGUGGCCAAAAUGAGGAGUGUUACGUGAAGGAUGAUCGUCCUCUGUGCCGCUGUGAUGAGGGUUACUUGCACAACCCAGUGACCAACCGCUGCCAGAAACCAGCUGUGCCAGACUGUGAGAGUAAUCGUGAAUGUGCCAUUGAUGCUGCCUGCCAACCUGAUGAGCUUGGCAUCUUGAAGUGCAUAGAAGUGUGUCAUGACUUCAAUUGUCCUCUCCAUUCCACCUGUUAUGCUAACAACCACCGUGGAUUGUGCCAGUGCAAGGCAGGCUAUACUGGUAACCCCAAUGAUCGGACUGGGUGUCGCCCUAUUCCCCUUGACCAGUGCCAGAAUGAUGCACAGUGUCCACAGACCCACAAGUGUGAGGCUCAGGGAAAUGUCCGUAAGUGUGUUGCUGUGUGUGAUACCACACGUUGUGGACCAGGAGCGGUGUGCAUUGCAAACAAUCAUGCUGCUCAGUGUCAGUGCCCUCCUGGGCUUUUCACAGGUGAUCCCAAUGACUUUGAGCAAGGUUGCAGUUCUGUGAGCUGUCUUAUAAAUGAGGACUGUCCCAAAGACCAAGCUUGCAACAGGCUUGAUUAUACUUGUUUUGAUGUCUGCUUUGAUGCAUGUGGAGAAAAUGCCAUCUGUCUAGCUGAAAACCAUCGCUAUAAUUGUAAGUGCCCACCAGGUUUCCAGCCACAACCAGUUCCAGACAUUGCAUGUGGAGUUGUGGACCUGUGUAACCCAAAUCCUUGUCAUUCAUCUGCCACAUGCUCCUCCUCUGGUGGCACACACCAGUGCCUGUGUCCGCCUGGCAUGGUGGGUGACCCUUACACCACAGGUUGCCAUCCCAUAGGAAUGUGUCCCAAUGGUGAUGUGGACUGUCAGUUAGACAGUAUUUGUCUCAAUGGCCGCUGUGCUUCUCCUUGCGACCGUGCUUGUGGCCCAAAUGCUCUUUGUAAUAUUGUCAACAGAAAGCCAAUAUGUACCUGUCCACCACGUUUCCAGCCAAAUCCCACUCCAGAAAAUGGAUGUAUCCGCACCACUUUAUCUUGCACCAGUGAUUCACAAUGUCAAGGGGGCAUAUGUCUGGCAGGCCAGUGCAGACCAGUGUGUCAAGACAACGAAGAGUGUGCCCAGGGUGAAAGGUGCAUCAGAAACAAGUGCAUGGUGCCUUGUGUGUCAUCCUCACAGUGCCCCACUGGACAGGCUUGCACUGUUGGAGUAUGUCUUUUAGGCUGCCGCAGCAAUGGUGACUGUCCUUCAGAGCAGGGCUGUGUGAACAAUAAAUGUGUUGAUCCAUGCUCAAAGAAAAAUGUAUGUGGACCCAAUGCCAAGUGCCAAGUCCAGAACCAGCGUGCCUCUUGCUAUUGCCCUGUUGAUUUCAAAGCUGUACCCACCCCAGAGCAAGGCUGCAUUCGUGUGCCAACCUCCUGUGUCUCCAACAAUGACUGUGGCCCUAGCAUGGUGUGUGAAGUGGGAAAGUGCUAUCCUGUCUGUCAGCAAGAUGCUCAGUGUGCUCAGGGUGAACACUGUGGAGGAAUUUGCAAAAGAGUUUGUUUUGGAGAUAGCAACUGUCUACAAGGAGAAGUGUGCAUUGAAGGCUCAUGCAUACCAGGCUGCCGCAGCAAUGCUGACUGUCGUGUUCAUGAAGUCUGCAUCUCAAAAAAAUGCAUGUGUGACAAAGGAUUCCUACCAGGCCAGAAUGGCUGUGUUGACAUCGAUGAAUGUCAAGAGAAUCCAUGUCAUUCAACUGCUUCUUGCAUCAAUUUACUUGGCUCAUACAAAUGCACAUGUCCUGCCUUCACUGUGGGUGACCCCUAUACAGCCCCAGGCUGUAUCAAGCCAAACACCUGUGUUGAUGACAGCUCAUGCCAGGGUGACCAAGCAUGUGAAGAAACUGAAAAUGGAAUACUGGAAUGCAUUGAUCCAUGUGCUUCUGCUGUGUGUGGAAAUAAUGCAAGAUGCAAGGUGGUGGAUCGCAAGCCUUUGUGUGAGUGUAUUCCCGGCCACUAUGGGGAUCCUAAUGAUCUUACUGUGGGCUGUGUUAAAGGAGAAUGUAUUGAAAAUAAGGACUGCUCCCGCAACAAGCUCUGUGACACCCUCAACUAUAAAUGUAUUAAUCCUUGUGACAACACUAACUGUGGAUUUGGCCGCUGUCAGACUGUAGACCAUGCCGCCAUCUGUUACUGUGAACGAGGGUUUGAGAGGGAUACAGCAGGAGCAUGUGUCGACAUGGAUGAGUGCCAUGAUGCACCAUGCCAUCGGUCAGCACUCUGUCACAACUCUCUAGGAAGUUACUCCUGUGUGUGUCCUGAAGGCCAAAUAGGUGACCCUGUGGUAUCUGGCUGCCGCACACCAGGGGAAUGUACAGAUGAUUCUUAUUGCCCUGAGACAGCCGCAUGUGUGGACAACAACUGUUUUGAUCCAUGUAGAAAGCCAGGUGUAUGUGGAAAGGGAGCUGUAUGCCACGUUGAGAAGCACACAGCAACCUGCUCCUGUCCGCCCCGCACCACAGGCAACCCUCUCACCGAGUGUGUGCGUCUUGACUGUCUUGGUCAUGGUGACUGUGCUGCAGAUAAAUCCUGCAUUGGCAACAAAUGUGUUAAUCCAUGUUCAAUCCCUGGUGUAUGUGGCAAAAAUGCUGGUUGCACCCCUCGUGCCCACCUCCACCAGUGCUACUGUGAGGCUGGCUUCACUGGAGACCCCAGCCUGGGCUGCACAACUAUCACUUACUGUGCUAAGGAGACUGACUGUCCUGCAGGAGAACAGUGCAAUGGAGGCAUCUGUGUCCCCUCAUGCACUAGCAACCGUGGCUGUCUGUCUGGGCAGGUUUGCAUUGAUGGUUCAUGUGUACCCACAUGCAGGAACAACAGGGACUGUCCCUCACUUCAGGUUUGUCAGAAUAGUCUGUGUGUGGUAGAGGUGAAAUGCCGGCAGAAUAGUGAAUGUGAAGAGAGCCAGCAGUGUCGUACCAAUGCUGUUGGGCAAGCUGAGUGCAAGGCAGUGUGUGAUGGCCUCAUCCUGUGUGGCCGCAAUGCUGAAUGUGUUGCCAUUAAGCAUCAACCAGUGUGCCAGUGCCCACAGGGCUACUUUGGUGACCCUCAAGACGAGCGAGUUGGCUGCCUUAAAAUUGAGUGUGAGACGGAUGAAGCAUGUAGCCAGACAGACCGAUGUGACAACUACAUGUGCAAACGUGCAUGUAGUGUAAACAACCAGUGUGGAGAAAAUGCCCUUUGUGUCUCUGAGGCCCACAAGGCAGUAUGCUUCUGUCGUGAAGGAUUCCAAGGGGAUCCUUUGAAAGGAUGCCAACCCAUAGAUUUUUGUGAUGAGGAGCCAUGUGGUUCUGGUGCCAGGUGUUACAACUUCCGUGGCAGCUACAAGUGUCUGUGUCCCCCUGGUACUGUGGGCGAUGCUUACACAGAAGGAUGCAAACCACCCGUGGACUGUCUGGUAGAUGAAGACUGCCCUCCCUCUGCUUACUGUGGGGAAGAAGAUAAUGUUCCCAAGUGUAGAGAUGUGUGUGAGAAAUCCCAGUGUGGCCUCAAUGCUGAGUGUCGUGCUGCCAACCACCUUGCUGUUUGCACUUGUGUUGAUGGGUAUGAGGGUGAUGCCACCGACCGAGUGACUGGCUGCCGUCCCAAGAAAGUGCCAUGCCAGGGCAACUCAGACUGUCCCCCAAAUACCAUCUGUGAUGGAAGACUUUGCAGGCCCCCCUGCCAAAGUGACUCCGAGUGUGGGCUGACAGAGGCAUGUGUGCGUGGCCAGUGCACAAACUUGUGUGACAAAGAUCAACCAUGUGGCCUUAAUGCCAUCUGCAACAUGGUGAACCACAAGAAGGAAUGCUCAUGCCCACCUGAAUUCACUGGCAAGGCUGAAAUGGAAUGUUACCGAGUUCCUUCAGCUUGCCAGAGAAACAGUGACUGCCCAUCAGGAUUUUUGUGCAAGAAUGGCGUGUGCUAUCUUGGCUGUCGUACUGACAGUAACUGUGCUCAGAAUGAAAAGUGCAUGAGUGGCACCUGCAUGUUAACCUGCCGUGUUGACAAUGAUUGCUUCCUUGGUCACAUUUGUCUGAAUAAUAUCUGUAUGAUUGGAUGUCGAGCCAACGAGGAUUGCACCACUGACCAAGCCUGUGUCAACAACCGCUGCUCCAACCCUUGUGGCUCCCCUUCAGUGUGUGGCCCUAAUGCUCACUGCUCUGUGAGCACUCACCGUGCUCAGUGCACCUGUCCUGAUGGCUUUAUUCCCAAUCCAACACCCAAUGUUGCCUGUUCCCGAAAGCCCACCUCCUGCAACAUUAAUUCUGACUGUGCCCCAGGCUUUAUGUGCAGCUUAGGUACCUGCAUGGCCAUCUGUUCUUCCUCAUCUAACUGCCUAGACACUGAGCAGUGUGAUGGGUCAGUGUGUCGUCCUACCUGCCGCCGGGAUGACAAUUGCCGAUCUGGGGAAAUCUGUAACCAGCUCAUGUGCACAGUGGGCUGCCGCUCAGAUGUUGAAUGUCCCUCUAGCCAAGCUUGUGUUAACAAUAAGUGCACUGACCCAUGCACUUCACCUACUGCCUGUGGUGGUAAUGCUAUUUGCAGGGCAGAAAAUCAUAAUGCAAAAUGCUUCUGUCCUGACAACUUGGUAGGUGAUCCCUAUGUUAACUGCCGUCUGCCACCCACCUCUUGUACUGACGACCCUGACUGCCCAGAAGGAAUGACUUGUUUCUAUGGGACCUGCCGUCCCCUUUGCUCCCAUGAUCAAGGUUGCUUCAACAAUGAACGCUGUGUUGGUGGUGUUUGUAAGGAGAUCUGCAAUUCUGAUUCCCAGUGUAGUGAAGGCAAUAUUUGCCAAGGUCGCUUAUGUAUCCUUGGCUGCCGCUCAGAUUCAAGCUGUCCCACACAGCUGUCCUGCAUGAACAGACAGUGUCGUGACCCAUGCCAGGGAGAUGUGGCAUGUGGCAAGUGUGCCAAGUGUGAAGUAGUGGACCACCAACCACAGUGUAGUUGUGCCUCCAAUACAGUGGGCAACCCACUGAUAGCAUGUACCACCCCAAUGCGUCGGUGCUCCUCCAUCACUGAUUGUGGCUUCCGUGGAUCAUGUCAAAGUGGCCUCUGUGUCAAGGCUUGCACUUCCAAUGCUGAGUGCAAUUGUGGGGAGGUGUGCAGCAACAACUAUUGUCGUGCACAGUGCUCCAAACACAGUGAUUGCUCUGAAGGUUUCUUGUGUCAUGAGGACCUCUGUGUUGCUGGCUGCCGUGCUAAUGGAGACUGUCCUCCAACCAAAGGCUGUUACAACAAUAAGUGUGAAGAUCCUUGUGAUGUUGAUCCAUGUGGUGCCAAUACUCGUUGCCGUGUUUCCAAUCAUCGACCACUUUGUUUCUGCAAGGAUGGUUACCAUGGAGAUCCAAAAGUGAGCUGUGAAGAGUACGAGUGCAGAACAGAUCAGGAAUGUGAUAGGGAUCAGAAAUGUGUGAACCAAGAAUGCAAGCAUUUAUGUUCAGAUGACACAUGUGGUAUUAAUGCUCGUUGUACAGUACUCAACCAAGAAGCAAAAUGUUCUUGUCCACCUGGAUUCUUCGGCAACCCAGUGAUAGAGUGCAAGAAAGAGAUAAAUGAGUGUCUCAACAACCCAUGUGGUCUCAAUGCCCAGUGUGUUAACACUGUUGGCAGCUACAUGUGCACUUGCAAUACUGGUUGUGAGGGAGAACCAUACCAUCAAGAAGGAUGCAGAUGCAUGCAGGAUCAUGUGGACCCAUGCCAGCGGAUUAGCUGUGGCAUCAAUGCCAAAUGCAGGACCAUUUCUCGUACAGAGGGAGAGUGUCAGUGCCCAGACCAUCUUCCCAUUGGGGAUCCUCUUAUCAAAUGUUCAGCUGACUGUCGACAGAAAGGAUGUGGGUUGGCAGCCAGGUGUGUGCGAGAGAGGGAUGGAAGCUACGGGUGUCGGUGCAAUAACUCCACAUGGACAGGGGAUCCCUAUGUGGAGUGCUACCCAGAUACUUCGUGCACGCUAGACACAGACUGCCCGUCGGCUCUGGCUUGUAUCAGUGGACAAUGUAAAGAUCCAUGCUGGCUGCAGCACCCUUGCGGUAAGCGUGCUCUCUGUGAGACUGUGGCCCAUGUGCCCAAGUGCUCCUGCCCACAGUGCUAUGUGGGACAGCCUGAGGUGGCCUGUGAGCCAGACCCAGCCUGCAGCUCACAGUCUUCCACAGAGUCAUCCCAGGUGACCAGUUGUCACCAGGAUGGUGACUGUGAUGAACAGAUGGCUUGUGACAAUGCUCAAGCUGUUUGUUAUGAUCCAUGUGCCUCUGAGGCUGCAGUCUGUGAGGCUCACAAGGUGUGUAAAGUCAGGAAGCACAAACCCACAUGUAUAUGCAAAUAUGGCUUCAUUGUGAACUCAGUGGGAGAGUUUGUGUGUGCGACAGGACGGAUCGAGUGUCGCCGGAAUGAGGAGUGCGCCAGCAACCUGGCAUGUGUCGACAACCGCUGCUCCGACCCUUGUGCUGUGGGCCGCCCCUGCCCUCCAAACAAGCAGUGCGACGUUCUCAAUCACCGCCCUGUGUGCAUCUGUAUGAAAGACUGUACACCAUCUGUCACCAUCUGCCUGAGGAAUGAAGGGUGUGCCCCCAAUGAGGCCUGUGUGUCUUACCAGUGUGUGGACCCAUGCAUCUCAUUCAACUGCCCUGGGGACAGACCCUGCUACGUCGAGGAUCACAAGCCAAAGUGUAAAUUCUGCCCCCCAGACUAUACUGGCGACUCUAGCUCUGGCUGCGUCAAAGACACCGAUACUUCCACUCCUUCCACCACCCCUACUACCACCACCUCCAGGUCCACUUCGCCUCCGUGUCGCAGUGAUGCAGACUGUGGCACAACCACACACUUGUGUCUCCAAGGGCACUGCAAAGACCCUUGUCUAGAUGCCUGUGGGACACUACAAUGUUCAGCUUCUAGGGGUUCAUAUGGCCAAGUCAAAAUAAUGUGCAUCAACAAAGCUAAAUCCAAUCCACCCACUACCACACCCUCACAAGAUGUAGCCAAAAAUUUGAGACCUAAGGGCUCCUUUCCACCAGUACCCCCAUUAUCCACUCCAGAACUUCCUUCUUCCUCUAAGAAUCACUUCACACCCCUCACUCCAUUCACAUCAACAACCCCAAACACUGUCUUCUUUACCAGUACUCAGACACCACCUCAACAAACUAAACCACCAGUUGUAAUCAAACAGCCUUCAGCCACCACAGAAACCCCCAGUACCAGUACAACACAACAAACUAUGAUCUCUAAGACACCCAAUAUACCUUUCUUUACAGAUAAAACCACAACACCAAAAUCAACCACAUUUCAGCCACCCCUCCAAAAACUUCCCCCUACCUUUAAAUAUACUCCCACACCCAGACCUACAACAACUAGCCUCAGUCCUUUCAUCCCAGCUAUCAUCCAACCACAUGUCCCACCUACCACCCAGAGCCCCACAGUGCCAAAGACACUGUCAGCAGUGGGCAGAAAGUGCACAAGUAGCUUGGAAUGCCCCAGAAAUCUGGCUUGCCUCCAGAAAAAAUGCACAGACCCUUGCAAAGUGACAAGUCCAUGUGGUAGUGGGUUUGUCUGCCUAGUUGUCAAUCACAUAUUAACCUGCCAGUGUCCCACAGGGUCAACUCUAGACUCACGAUGCCCCCAAGCAGUGGGAUGCCAAAACAACUCUGAGUGCCCUGCCAGCCAGGCCUGUAUCAAUGAAAAGUGUAAAAACCCUUGCAUGGUACGCAAUCCAUGUAGUGCCAAGCAGGAUUGCAAGGUGGAGAAUCAGAGGGCUACCUGCAUCACUGUUGGGUGUCGUAUAAACACUGACUGUCCCAGUGACUAUGCCUGCUACAACAAGGAAUGCCUCUCUCCAUGCAAAGUGAGGAACCCAUGCAAACCAUCUGAACGAUGUGAAAUGCGUGAUCACAUUCCUUUCUGCAUCUCAGACACUGAGUGUAGCAGCAACAGUGACUGCCAGCAAGAUGAAGCCUGCUUCUCUGGUCACUGCAAAAAUCCUUGCAUCAUGACGGACGCUUGUGGGCUCAAUGCAGACUGUAGGGCCAUCAACCAUGUCCCUCAGUGCUCGUGUCCCCCAAGCUACUCUGGCAAUCCCACCAUCAGGUGUUCUUCCAUCACACCAUCAGCUUGUGUCUGCAGUGAUAGUGAUGACUGCCCAUCUGGUCUAGUUUGUGAUGGAUGCACCUGCAAGCCAUUAUCCACGGAAGGCAUCACGUGCAGCCCUCCAUGCCGCAAGGGUGAGCUGUGUGACCCAGAGCUGCUCGUUUGUCGCCCAGCAGUAGCUACCAACACCACCUCCACCACUUCUAAAACAAUCACCACAACAACAACAGUAACUGCCCCCACCACCAUACUAACCUCAGAGGAUGAGGAACAUAUUCCCACAACAUCCCAUGCCAGCUACCCUCCUACAACCCUUACCCCAAAUUCUGCUGAUGAGCAGAUUACCUCUCCACCCUCCUAUCCUAUAACCUCUGAAUCAAGAGAGACCUAUUACCCCACAGACACUACCUCCAUCUCAAUGACUGAAGUCACAGUUAAAUCAUACACAAUCUCAAGUACGGAGGGAGACAUAGAUACAUUCUUGACCACUACCACUCCAUCCCCAACACACCGCACCUCCAGGCAGACAGAUGACCCACAAACAACCUCACCCACCAAAAUUAUCACUAAAGAAACAGACACAUCUGUAGAUUUCACAGACAAUAUUCUUACCUCAACAUUUUUUCCAGAUACGAAAUUUCCCAGCCAGCACACAGUCAGACCAGAAGUUACAACUUAUGCCACGGAAUAUACAAAUACAGACAAAGCAUAUCCAACAGCCUACAUAAUUACAACUCAUUUUGAGGCUGAAAAAACACCUGAAUAUGCAACCGCAUACACUAAAAAAACAUAUCCACAGCAUUACACCACAUCACCACACUCCAACAAAACAUAUCUAUUAGGCUUCACUACAUUGCAAGACACUACGACAUCAACACAUGCACCUGAUGAUACCACGGAAGCAUACACUGGUAUAACAAAUCCACCUGCUUAUUCCACAACACCAACCUCUGAGACAACACUGACACCAGUGUCAAGAACAGAAGAACCCUCAUCCUUCUCCACUUUUGAAACACAUAGACCUGGCAACACCACAUUACCUGAUACUCAGUCAACACAUACAACUGGCUACACCACAUUACUUGAGACUCAAUCAUCACAUACACCUAGCUACACCACAUCAUCUGACACUUUGUCAACACAUAAACCUAGAAACACCACUUCACCUGACACUCAGACACCACAUACACCUGGCUACACCAUGUUACUUGACACUCAGUCACCACAUACACCUGGCUACACCACAUCACCUGACACUCAGUCACCACAUACACCUGGCUUCACCACAUCACCUGACACUCAGUCAACACAUACACCUGGCUUCACCACAUCACCUGACACUCAGUCAAAACAUACACUAAGCUAUGCCACAUCAACACACACUAACACACCAUUGACUUCUCAUGACAUUGGAGCAAUGCAUCCACCUACUUAUCCCACAACUCCAGCCUCUGACACAACACUGACACCAUUGUCAAGAACAGAAGAACCCUCAUCCCCCUCCUCUUUGGAAACAUAUACACCUAGCUACACCACAUUGCCUGACACUCAGCCAGCACAUACACCUGGCUACACCACAUCACCUGACACUCAGUCGCUACAUACACCUGGCUAUACCACAUCACCUCACACACAGUCACCACAUACAUCUGGCUACACCACAUCACCUGACACUCAGUCACCACAUACACCUGGCUACACCACAUCACCAGAUACUCAAUCAACACAUACACCUAGCUAUACCACAUCACCUGACACUCAAUCAACACAUACACCUAGCAAUACCACAUCACCUGACACUCAGUUGCCAUAUACACCUGGCUACACCACAUCACCUGACACUCACUUGCCACAUACACCUGGCUACACCACAUCACCUAACACUCAGUUGCCAUAUACACCUCGCUACACCACAUCUGACACUCAGUCAACACAUACCCUUGGCUACACCAUAUCAACACACAGUGCAACACCAUUGACAACUGAUGAUAUCACAAAGGCAUACGAUGGAGCAACACUUCCACCUGUUUAUCCCAAAACACCAGCCACUGACACAACACUGACACCAGUGUCAGAAACAGAAAAACCCUCGUUCACAUCAUCUUUGGAGACACACACAUCUGGCUACAGUACACCAUCUGACACACAGUCAACAGAUACACCUGGCUACACCACAUCACUUGAUACUCAUUCACCACAUACACUUGGCUACACAACAUCUCCUGACACUCAGUCACCACAUACAACUGGCUACACCACAUCACUUGACACUCACUCACCACAUACACCUGGCUACACCACAUCACCUGAUACUCAGUCAACACAUACACCUGGCUACACCACAUCACCUGACACUCAGUCAACACAUACACCUAGCUAUACCACAUCACCUGACACUCAGUCAACACAUACACCUGGCUACACCACAUCACCUGGCACUCAGUCAACACACACACCUAUCUAUACCACAUCAACACACACUGCAACACCAUUGACAACUAAUGAUACCACAAAAGCAUACACUAAAGCAACACUAGCCACUGACACAACACUGACACCAGUGCCAAGAACAGAAAAACCUUCAUUCCUCUCCUCUUUCAAAACACAUACACCUGACUACACCACAGCACCUGACACUCAGUCAACACAUACACCUGGCUACACCACAUCACCUGACACUCAGUCAACACAUACACCUGGCUACACCACAUCACCUGACACUCAGUCAACACAUACACCUGCCUACACCACAUCACCUGACACUCAGUCAACACAUACACCUGGCUACACUACAUUACCUGACACUCAAUCAACACAUAUACAUGGCUACACCACAUCACCUGACACUCAGUCACCACAUACACCUAGCUACACCUUAUCACCUGACACUCACUCAUCACAUACACCUGGGUAUACCAUAUCAUUUGAUACUCAGUCAUCACAUAUACCUGGUUAUACCACAUCACCUGGCACUCAGUCAACACAUACACCUGGAUACACCACAUCACCUGACACUCACUCACCACAUACACCUGGCUUCACCACAUCACCUGACACUCAGUCAACAAACACACCUGGGUACACCACAUCUGACAUUCAGUCAACACAUACACCUGGCUACACCAUAUCACUUGAUGCUCAGUCACCACAUACACCUGGUUACACCACAUUACCUGAUACUCAAUCAACACAUACACCUAAGUAUACCACAUCUCCUGACACUCAGUCAACACAUACACCUGGCUACACCACAUCACCUGACACUCAGUUGCCAUAUACACCAAGCUACACCACAUCUCCUGACACUCACUCAAUACAUACCCCUGGCUACACCAAAUCAACACACAGUUCAAUACCAUUGACAACUGAUGAUAUAACAAAAGCAUACAUCGGAGCAACACUUCCACCUGUUUAUCCCAUAACAACAGCCAAUGAUACAACACUGACACCAGUGUCAGAAACAGAAAAACCCUUAUCCACAUUCGCUUUUGAAACACAGACAUCUGGCUACAGUACACCACCUGACAUACAGUCAACAGAUACACCUGGCUACACCACAUCACUUGAUACUCAGUCACCACAUACAAAUGGCUACACCACAUUACUUGACACUCAUUCACUACAUACACCUGGCAACACCACACCACCUGACACUCAUUCAACAGAUAAACCUAGCUACACCACAUCUCCUGAUACUCAAUUACCACAUACAACUGGCUACACCUCAUCACCUGACACUCAGUCACCACAUACAACUGGCUACACCACAUCAUCUGACACUCAAUCAACACAUAUACCCGGCUACAUCACAUCAAUUGACACUCAGUCAACACAUUCAUCUGGCUAUACCACAUCACCUGACACUCAGUCAACACAUACGGCUGGCUACACCACCUCACCUGAUACUCAGUCAACGCAUACACCGGGCUACAUCUUAUCACCUGACACACAGUCACCACAUACACCUGGCUACACCACAUCACCUGAAACUCAGCUACCACAUACACCUAGCAACCCCACAUUACCUGACACACAGUCACCACAUACACCUGGCUAUCCCACAUCACCUGACACACAGUCACCACAUACUUCUGGCUACAUCAUAUUACCUGACACUCAGUCAACACAUAUACCUGGCUUCACCACAUCACAUGACACUCAGUCAACACAUACAUCUGGCUUCACCACAUCACCUGACACUCAGUCACCACAUACAUCUGGCUACACCACAUCACCUGAUACUCAGUCAACACAUACACCAGGCUUCACCACAUCACCUGACACUCAGUCACCACAUACACUUGGCUACACCACAUCUCCUGACACUCAGUCACCACAUACAUCUGGCUACACCACAUCACCUGACACACAGUCACCACAUACACCUGGCUUCACCACAUCACCUGACACUCAGUCACCACAUACACCUGGCUUCACCACAUCACCUGACACUCAGUCACCACAUACACCUGGCUACACCACAUCACCUGACACUCAGUCACCACAUACACCUGGCUACACCACAUCUCCUGACACUCAGUCAACACAUACAUCUGGCUUCACCACAUCACCUGACACUCAGUCACCACAUACACCUGGUUACACCACAUCACCUGACACUCGGUCACCACAUACACCUGGCUACACCACAUCUCCUGACACUCAUUCACCACAUACAUCUGGCUACACCACACCACCUGACACUCAGUCACCACAUACACCUGGCUUCACCACAUCAUCUGACACUCAGUCACCACAUACAUUUGGCUACACCACAUCACCUGACACUCAGUCAACACAUACACCUGGCUUCACCACAUCACCUGACACUCAGUCACCACAUACACUUGGCUACACCACAUCUCCUGACACUCAGUCACCACAUACAUCUGGCUACACCACAUCACCUGACACACAGUCACCACAUACACCUGGCUUCACCACAUCACCUGACACUCAGUCACCACAUACACCUGGCUUCACCACAUCACCUGACACUCAGUCACCACAUACACCUGGCUACACCACAUCUCCUGACACUCAGUUAACACAUACAUCUGGCUUCACCACAUCACCUGACACUCAGUCACCACAUACACCUGGCUACACCACAUCACCUGACACUCAGUCACCACAUACACCUGGCUACACCACAUCUCCUGACGCUCAUUCACCACAUACAUCUGGCUACACCACACCACCUGACACUCAGUCACCACAUACACCUGGCUUCACCACAUCACCUGACACUCAGUCACCACAUACAUUUGGCUACACCACAUCACCUGACACUCAGUCAACACAUACACCUGGCUUCACCACAUCACCUGACACUCAGUCACCACAUACAUUUGGCUACACCACAUCUCCUGACACUCAGUCACCACAUACAUCUGGCUACACCACAUCACCUGACACACAGUCACCACAUACACCUGGCUUCACCACAUCACCUGACACUCAGUCACCACAUACACCUGACUUCACCACAUCACCUGACACUCAGUCACCACAUACACCUGGCUACACCACAUCUCCUGACACUCAGUUAACACAUACAUCUGGCUUCACCACAUCACCUGACACUCAGUCACCACAUACACCUGGUUACACCACAUCACCUGACACUCAGUCAACACAUACACCUGGCUACACCACAUCUGACACUCAUUCACCACAUACAUCUGGCUACACCACAUCACCUGACACUCAGUCACCACAUACACCUGGCUACACCACACCACCUGACAUUCAAUCACCACAUACACCUGGCUACACCACAUCACCUGACACUCACUCACCACAUACAUCUGGCUACACCACAUCACCUGACACUAAGUCACCACAUACAUCUGGCUACAUUAUAUCACCUGACACUCAGUCAUCACAUACACCUGGCUACACCACAUCACCUGAUACUCAAUCAACACAUACACCUAGCUAUACCACAUCAUCUGAUACUCAGUUGCCAUAUACACCUGGCUACACCACAUCACCUGACACUCAGUUGCCAUAUACACCUGGCUACACCACAUCUGACACUCAGUCAACACAUACCCUUGGCUACACCAUAUCAACACACAGUGCAACACCAUUGACAACUGAUGAUAUCACAAAGGCAUACGAUGGAGCAACACUUCCACCUGUUUAUCCCAAAACACCAGCCACUGACACAACACUGACACCAGUGUCAGAAACAGAGAAACCCUUAUCCACAUCCUCUUUGGAAACAUACACAUCUGGCUACAGUACACCACCUGACACUCCGUCAACAGAUAAACCUGGCUACACCACAUCUCCUGACACUCAGUCACCACAUACAACUGGCUACACCACAUCACCUGAGACUCAGUCAACACAUUCACGUGGCUACACCGCAUCACCUGACACUCAGUCAACAUCUACACCUGGAUACACCACAUCACUUGACACUCAGUCAACACAUACACGUGGCUACACCACAUCAACACACACUGAAACACCAUUGACACCUGAUGAUACCACAAAGUCAUAUACUACAGCAACACAUCCACCAGAUUAUCAAACAACACUGACACCAGUGUCAAGAACAGAAAAACCCUCAUCUUCAUUCUCUUUGGAAACACACACACCUGGCUACACCACAUCUCCUGACACUCAGUCACCAUAUACACCUGGCUACACCACAUCACCUGACACUCAGUCAACACAUUCAUCCAACUACACCACAUUGCCUGUCACUCAGUCACCACAUACACCUGGCUACACCACAUCACAUGGUACUUAUUCACCACAUAGACCUGCCUAUACUACAUUACCUGACACACAGUCACCACAUACACCUGGCUACACCACAUCACCUGACACUCAGUCAAUGCAUACAUCUAGCUACUCAUCAUCAGGUGAAAUUCAGUCAACACAUACACCUGGCUACACCACAUCACUAGUUACCAGUGAAACAGAUUCACCUAGUUACACUACAUCAACACACACUGAAACACCAUUGACACCUGAUGAUACCACAAAAGAAUACACUGGAGCAACACAUCCACCUGGUUAUUCCACAACACCACCCACUGACACAACACUGACACCAGUGUCAAGAACAGAAAAACCCUCGUCCACAUCCUCUUUGGAAACACAUACACCAAUCUACACCACACCAUCUGACACUCAGUCAACGCAUACACCUGGCUACACCACAUCAUCUGACACUCAUUCAACACAUACACCUGGCUACACCACAUCAUUUGACACUCAGUCAAAACAUACAAUUGGCUACACGACAUCACCUGAUGCUCAAUCUCAACAUACAUCUGACUACACCACACCACUUGACAUUCACUCACCACAUACACCUGGCUACACCACAUCACCUGACAUUCACUCAUCACAUACACCUGCCUACACCAAAUCACCUGACAUUCACUCACCACAUACACCUGGCUACACCACAUCACCUGACACUCAGUCAACAUAUACAACUGGCUACACCACAUCACCUGAUACACAGUCAGCACAUAAACCUGGCUACACCACAUCAUCUGACACUCAGUCACCACAUACACCUGGCUACACCACAUCACCAGACAUUCAAUCACCACUUACACCUGGCUACACCACAUCACCUGACACUCAGUCACCACAUACACUUGGCUACACCACAUUACCUGACACACAGUCAAAACAUACACCUGGCUACACCACAUCACCUGACACUCAGUCAACACAUACACCUGGCUACACCACAUCACCUAACACACAGUCAACAUAUACACCUGGCUACACCACAUCACCUGACACACAGUCAUCACAUAAACCUGGCUACACCACAUCACCUGACACACAGUCAACACGUACACCUGGCUACACCACAUCACCUGACACACAGUCAACACAUACACCUGGCUACACCACAUCACCUGACACACAGUCAUCACAUAAACCUGGCUACACCACAUCACCUGACAUUCACUCACCACAUACACCUGGCUACACCACAUCACCUGACACUCAGUCAACGCAUACUCCUGACUACACCACAUCACCUGACACACAGUCAUCACAUAAACCUGGCCACACCACAUCACCUGUCAUUCACUCACCACAUACACCUGGCUACACCACAUCACCUGACACCCAGUCAACACAUACACCUGGCUACACCACAUCACCUGACACACAGUCAACACAUACACCUGGCUACACCACAUCACCUGACACACAGUCAACACAUACACCUGGUUACACCACAUCACCUGACACACAGUCAGCACAUAAACCUGGCUACACCACAUCACCUGACAUUCACUCACCACAUACACCUGGCUACACCACAUCACCUGACACACAGUCAACACAUACACCUGGCUACACCACAUCACCUGACACUCAGUCAACACAUACUCCUGCCUACACCACAUCACCUGACACUCAGUUACCACAUACACCUGGCUACACCACAUCAACACACACUGAAACACCCUUGACAUCUGAUGAUACUACAAAAGCAUACACUGGAGCAAUAGUUCCACCUGGAUAUCCCACAACACAAGCCACUGACACAACACCCACAUCACCUGACACUCAGUCUCCACAUACACCUGACUACACCACAUCACCUGACACUCAGUCAACACAUACACCUGGCUACACAUCACCUGACACACAUUCACAACAUACAUCUGGCUACACCUUAUCAUCUGACACUCAGUCACCACAUACACCUGGCUACACCAUAUCACCUGACACUCAGUCAACACAUACACCUGGCUACACAUCACCUGACACACAUUCACAACAUACACUUGGCUACACCAUAUCACCUGACACUCAGUCACCACAUACACCUGGCUACACUAUAUCACCUGACACUCAGUCAACACAUACACCUAGUUACACCACAUCACCUGACACUCAGUCAACACAUACACCUGGCUACACCACAUCACCUGACACUCAGUCAACACAUACACCUGGCUACACCACAUCACCUGACACUCAGUCAACACAUACACCUGCCUACACCACAUCACCUGACACUCAGUCAACACAUACACCUGGCUACACUACAUUACCUGACACUCAGUCAACACAUACACUUGGCUACACCUCAUCACCUGGCACUCAGUCAACAUACACACCUAUCUACACCACAUCAACACACAUUGCAACACCAUUGACAACUAAUGAUACCAUAGAAGCAUAUACUGAAGCAAUGUUUCCACCUGGUUAUCCCACAACACCAGUCACUGACACAACACUGACACCAGUGUCAAGAACAGAAAAACCUUCAUUUCCCUCCUCUUUCAAAACACAUACACCUGACUACACCACAUCACCUGACAGUAAAUCAACACACACACCUGGCUACAGGACAUCACCUGACACUCACUCAAUACAUACACCUGACUACACCACAUCACCUGACACUCAGCUAGAACAUACACCUGGCUACCCCAAAUCACCUGACACACAGUCACCACAUACACCUGGCUACACUACAUCACCUGACACACAGUCACCACAUACACCUGGCUACACCACAUCACCUGACACUCAGUCAUCACAUACACCUGGCUACACCACAUCACCUGACACUCAGUCACCACAUACACCUGGCUACACCACAUCACCUGACAGUCAGUCACCACAUACACCUGGCUACACCACAUCACCUGACACUCAGUUACCACAUACACCUGGCUACCCCACAUCACCUGACACACAUUCACCACAUACACCUGGCUACACUAUAUCACCUGACACUCAGUCAACACAUACACCCAGUUACAUCACAUCACCUGACACUCAGUCAUCACAUACACCUGGCUACACCACAUCACCUGACACUCAGUCAACACAUACACCUGGCUACACCACAUCACCUGACACUCAGUCAACACAUACACCCAGUUACAUCACAUCACCUGACACACAGUCACCACAUACACCUGGCUACACUACAUCACCUGACACACAGUCACCACAUACACCUGGCUACACCACAUCACCUGACACUCAGUCACCACAUACACCUGGCUACACCACAUCACCUGACACUCAGUCACCACAUACACCUGGCUACACCACAUCACCUGACAGUCAGUCACCACAUACACCUGGCUACACCACAUCACCUGACACUCAGUUACCACAUACACCUGGCUACCCCACAUCACCUGACACUCAGUCAACACAUACACCCAGUUACAUCACAUCACCUGACACUCAGUCAACACAUACACCUGGCUACACCACAUCACCUGACACUCAGUCAACACAUACACCCAGUUACAUCACAUCACCUGACACUCAGUCACCACAUACACCUGGCUACACCACAUCACCUGACACUCAGUCACCACAUACACCUGGCUACACCACAUCACCUGACACUCAGUCAACACAUACACCCAGUUACAUCACAUCACCUGACACUCAGUCACCACAUACACUUGGCUACACCAUAUCACCUGACACUCAAUCACCACAUACACCUGACUACACCACAUCUUCUGACACUCAUUCAACAUAUACACAUGACUACAUCACAUCAUCUGACACUCAGUCAACACAUACACCUGAGUACACAAUAUCUCCUGAAAUUCAGUCAACACAUUCACCUGGCUACACCACAUCACCUGUCACAAAGUCACCACAUACACCUGGCUACACCACAUCACCUGACACUCACUCACCACAUACACCUGGCUACACUACAUCACCUGAUACUCAGUCACCACCUACACCAGGCUACACCACAUCACCUGAUACACAGUCACCACAUACAUCUGGCUACACCACAUCACCUGACACUCAGUCAACACAUACACCUGGCUACACCACAUCACCUGACAUUCAGUUAACACAUACACCUGACUACACCACAUCAACACACACUGAAUCACCAUUAAUACCUGAUGAUACCACAAAAGCAUACACUACAGCAACACAGCCAUCUACUUAUCCCACAAUAUCAGCCUCUGACACAACACUGACACCGGUGUCAAAAAUAGAAAAACUCUCAUCCACCUCCUCUUUGGAAACACAUACACCUGGCUACAGUACACCAUCUGACACUCAGUCAACACAUACUUCCAGCUACAGUACAUCACCUGACAUUAAGUCACCACAUAUAUCUGGCUACACCACAUCAACACACAAUGAAACACCAUUAACAACUGAUGAUACUCCAAAAUCAUACACUGCAGCAACACGUCCACUUGGUUAUCCCACAGCACCAGCCACUGACACAACACUGACACCUUUCUCAAGACCAAAAAAGCCUUCAUCCCCCUCCACUUUGGAAAUACAUACUCUUGAUAACAGAACAGAAGUACACACAACACAACCACCAGAUUACAGUGCAUCACUGCACACUGAGACAACAUACCCAUCUGGUGAUACCAUAACACCACACACUGAAACACCAUUAACUCCUAAUGACACUGGAGCAACACAUCCACUUGCUGAUCCCACAACACCAGUCUCUGAUGCAAUACUGACACCAGUGUCAAAAACAGAAAAACCUGUUUCCCCGCCUUCUUUGGAAACAUAUAUACCUGAUAACAGAACAGAAGAGAUGCACACAACACAAUCACCUGAUUACAGUACACCACUGCACUUUGAGACAACUUAUCCACCUGGCAAUACCAUAACACUGGAGACCGAAGUAACACUGCCACCUGGCUUCACCACUUCCAGGUAUACUGAGGCACAUACACCUGGUUACAGCACAUCACCAUACAUUGAGACAACAAAUACACCAAUGUACACCAUAGCGCCUGACACUAAGGAAACACAUCGUCCUCUGUACACCACUUCAUUUCCUACUAAAGCAACACAACUACCAAGAGACAGUACAUUGUCAGAUACUGAAUCAACAUAUCCACCUAGCUAUUCUUCAGCACACACUGAAGGAACACAUUCAUCUGCCAUUCCAUCAACCACAACCUCAGACACCACAUUCACAUCCCACUCCACCUUAGAAACACCUCAAUAUGAUACCACAACAGAGGGGGUACACACUCCACAAUCAGGUUUCACCACUCCAGUAUACACUAAAACAAACCAUCCACAUGUCCACUCUACAUUACCACAUGUUGAGACAACACAUCCACCUGGUUACAUCACAUCAUCUGACAUUAAGACUACUCAUCCACCAGGAUACUUCGCAACUGAAAUACCCAUUGUUGAUCUUAAAACAGAUCCCCCUUCCAGUAAUAUUACAUUAUCUGUUCCAACUACAUCUCCUGACAUGUCUACAGAUAGACUUACAAGUCCCAUGUCUAUGGAGGUAUCCUACCCAUCCAUUCCUUCCACUUAUCCCACCCAUCCUUUCAUCCUGCCCACCACCACUAUUGUCCCUCCCAUUAUAACAAUACCUUGUGGAAAGGACAAGAAGUGUAGUGAAGAUAAGGUGUGCUGGGAAGGUGUUUGUUUGCCAGUCUGCACCAACGUAGCAUGUGGUGUCAACAGUCAGUGCCUCAUCGUCGCGCAUCGACCUCAAUGUACCUGUUUACCCGGCUACCAUGGCGACCCUCACAUCCAGUGCUUCAAACUAGAAGUGGGGUGCCGUGGUAACAAGGACUGCCUCUCAACACAAGCUUGUAUUAACAACGAAUGUCGUUAUCCAUGUGAUGAUGAACCAUGUGGCACCAAUGCUGAGUGUAUCAAUAGUGACCACAGUGCCCAGUGUCGGUGCCGCAAUGGAUUCCAAGGUGACCCUCUCAAGGGUUGCUCCCCAGUGGGCUGCUUCACCCAUCAAGACUGUGAUCCUGAUGAGGAGUGCUACAGUGGGCAGUGCACCAAUCCCUGCCGACCUGGAAGUAACCCCUGCCCACCCUCUGCCACAUGCCUCACCCUGACACAUGCUGCCACAUGCAUAUGCCCUGAGGGGUACACUGGUGUGCCUCUGCAGGGAUGCACUUUGCUUUCCACCUGUGGUUUUAACUCAGAAUGUUCAGAAAAUGAAGCUUGUAUUGAUCGGCUUUGUCAGGACCCUUGCAAGACAACAUCAUGUCCUAAGGGAACACUCUGUAGAGCUGCAGACCACCGUCCUAUGUGUUUUUGUCCUGAGGGUUAUACAGGAACACCUGAAGUGGCCUGUUUCCAUACAGAGUGUGACACAAAGAAUGAGUGCCCUCCAGGCCAUGUGUGCCAAGGUGGGGUGUGCCAGGACCAUUGCUCAGAGUGUGGGCAGGGUGCACUCUGUCACACAGAAAAUGACUUGAUCAUUUGUCUCUGUCCCUCUGGGUUCACCGGAAAUCCAAGAUUAGGCUGUGACCCAAUCCGUGGCUACUGCUCAUUGGACAUCGAGUGCCAAUUGCAAGAGGCAUGUGUGUCCAAGGAAUGCCGCAAUCCCUGCACCACAGUGCCUCCACCCUGUGGUGUGGGUGCCCGCUGUCGUGUCAUCAACCAUCGUACCAUCUGUCAAUGCCCUGAUGGGUAUGAAGGAGACCCACAUGAUACAUGCACCCCAGUGAACAUUGUAGGAGUCUGCCAGUACAAUCAGGACUGUGCCACUAAUCUGGCAUGUGACCGCCUGUCUCGCACUUGUAUGGAUCCCUGUAGUAGGGACGAAUGUGCCCCUACAGCUAUCUGCCGCACUAUUGCUCACAAGCCUACCUGCGAGUGUCCUGCUGGAUACAGUGGCAAUCCCAACAUUGAGUGUGUCAUCCCGGUGGGCUGCCAGGACAAUAGUGCUUGUCCACCCACACAGGCUUGCAUCAACAAUAAGUGCCAGGAUCCAUGCCAGUGUGGCCACAAUGCUAUCUGUGAAGUAUCCAAUCACAGAGCUGUAUGCCGAUGUCCACCAGGCUAUAUGGGUCACCCGAUGAGUGGGUGCUUGGUUCCCUCCAACCCUUGUGACAAUGAUCCUUGUGGUGAGGGUGCCCUCUGUGAGCUGGAUAAUGGCAACCCUAUUUGUGUGUGUCCUCGGGGCAUGACUGGCAAUCCCUUUCAAAAGUGCAUUCCUGAAGGUGAAGAGUGUCAAUUAAAUGAGUGUGGCCCCAACUCAGGGUGUCGCCUGGUGAAUGACAAGACUAUGUGCUUCUGUCUUCCUGAAUUUGUGGGUAACCCACCAACUGUGCCAUGCAGUCCACCAUUCAAUCCUUGUGAACCAUCACCAUGUGGUGCCAACACUCAGUGCAAUGUGGUCAAUGGCUUCUAUCGUUGCACGUGUCUACCAGGAUAUGUGGGUCAACCCAACACAAUCCGAGGAUGCACACCAGUUGUCAAUCCUUGUGUUCCAUCACCAUGUGGGGAAGGUGCCCUCUGUGAUGAUAGCCGGAGCCCAUACUGCUACUGUCGCCCAGGCCUUGUUGGUGACCCCUACACUGGCUGCAAAGAACCCCCACCAGUUUGCAGAGCUGGUGUGUGUGGCCAGAAUGCAGAAUGUUUUGUACGUGGUACAAGCCUUGAAUGCCGUUGUCGCCAAGGGUACAAAGGGAAUCCAAAUGAAAUAUGUGUUAUUGAGCCUGGCAACCCAUGUGAACCAUCUCCAUGUGGACCCAACACCCAGUGUACAAUAAGCAAUCUGAAAACUGCAGUGUGCACAUGCCUUCCUCAUUUCUCAGGAGAUGCAAAUUCAGCUGAUGGCUGUACACCUGAGUGUACAACUCAUGAUGAUUGCAACAGUGACAAAGCUUGUAUCAACAGUUUCUGCAUCAACCCAUGUCCUGGUGCCUGUGGAAUUGACUCUUUAUGUAAGGUAGUUGCUCACCGACCUGUCUGUGCUUGUCCAAAAGGCUAUGCAGGCAACCCAUACACCCGCUGUGAUCAACCACUUGAACCUAUAAUCCCUGGUAAAGUCCCACCAGAUGUUCUAGGCAAUCCUUGUGUUCCUACUCCAUGUGGUGUUAACACUGAGUGCAAAGUGGAAGGCAGCAAACCUGUGUGUUUCUGCAUCCCAGGCUAUGUUGGAAAUCCUGUCACCUCCUGCCGUCCAGAAUGUGUCACCAAUAUUGACUGUAAUCAUGAUGAGGCUUGUAUUGAUCAAAAAUGCCGUGAUCCUUGUGUUGGUAUAUGUGGUACCAAUGCUCUCUGUGAGGUAGUCAACCACAACCCCAUCUGCUUUUGUCCCAAGGAUUUAACCGGAGAUCCCUUCAGAUUAUGUCUAGCCAUAUCCAUCCCACCACCCACGUCCCCGUGCCAACCCAGCCCUUGUGGACCCUAUUCAGAGUGUCGCCGUGGUUCAGAUGACCGUGCUAUAUGUUCCUGUCUUCCUGGUUAUUUUGGAAACCCAUGUAGACCAGAAUGCAUCAUCAAUUCUGACUGUCCCUUGAACAAAGCAUGUGUCAAUAAUGAGUGUGUUGAUCCAUGUGAAGGAUCAUGUGGAACAAAUGCUAUCUGCACAGUGGUAUCUCACAAGGCCUCAUGCACAUGCCCAGAUAACCUCAGUGGAAACCCAUAUAGCAGAUGCUCUGAAAGAGUAGUUCCUCAAGAACCACCACCUCCCUUAAUCUGUGUGCCCUCAUGUGGAGCCAAUGCUGAGUGUAAGGUUGUGGGAAACAAGGGAAUAUGUACCUGUCUGAGUGGGUUCUACGGUCGGCCAGAGCUGGGUUGCACACCAGAGUGCUUGACCAACUUAGACUGUGACUUUAACCGUGCUUGCAUCGACCAGCGUUGUAUUGACCCUUGUGUCAGUUCAUGUGGCUUGGGUGCCCAGUGUAACGUCUUCAACCACAACCCAAUCUGCUCUUGUCCUGACAACAUGGUUGGUGAUCCCUUCAGAAUCUGCAUACCAGCACCAACCCCUCCAAUUUCUAAGUCGCCAUGCCAACCCAACCCAUGUGGUAGCAAUGCUCGGUGCACACCAUCAGGUGACAGUUAUGUGUGCAUAUGUCUGCAAGGAUAUGAAGGUGACCCAUACACACAGUGUCGGCCUGAGUGUCUUGUGAGCAGUGACUGUCCACUAACAUUAGCCUGCAUCAGCCAAAGAUGCCGUGAUCCUUGUCCAGGCAGUUGUGGUACCAAUGCUAUAUGCACUGUUAUCAGCCACAGACCAAGGUGUCUUUGUCCACGAGGAUACUUCGGAGAUGCCUACACCUACUGUCAGCUUCGGCCUCUUCCCCCUCCUGUGACACCUGAGGCAGUAGUAAAGCCAUGUGACCGCAACCCUUGUGGAGCAAACACCAUCUGCCGAAAUGAGGGUCAGAUUGCAGUGUGUGAAUGUCAUCCAGAAACCUUUGGUGAUCCCAAUAACCCAACAGGAUGUGUUCCUCAGUGUAUUACCAACUCAGACUGUGACAUGAAAGAGGCUUGCAUCAGCCGUCGUUGCAAAGAUCCAUGCAUUGGUGCCUGUGGUCUUCAAGCUCUCUGUGAUGUGAUAAACCACAACCCCAUCUGUCGCUGUCCUACUGGAUUCAUUGGCGACCCUGCCUCUAGGUGUAUUCCAAAGCUGCUGCCUGUGGAUCCAGUUGCUGAAGUACCAGACAGAGUCGAGCCAUGUGCUGCCUCUCCCUGUGGUCCAUUUGGCCAGUGCUCACCUCUAGAAGAUGGCCGAGAAACCUGUGCCUGCCCUGUUGGUUAUGUUGGCAACCCAUUUGUAGAAUGCAGACCAGAGUGUACAAUCAAUUCAGACUGUACCCUCAAUCUUGCUUGCAUCAAUCAACAUUGUGUAGACCCAUGUCCAGGCAGUUGUGGCAUCAAUGCUGAAUGUCAUGUCCUGAGUCACCAGCCAAACUGUGUCUGCCCACCAGGAUACUCUGGGAAUCCUUACUCAAGCUGCUACCUUUACCCAGAAAUAGAAGAGGUGCCUAAACCAUGUCAGCCAAACCCAUGUGGACCCAAUACUGAGUGCCGUGUGGAAGGAUCCAGGCCUGUGUGUUCUUGUCUCCCAUCUUACUUAGGAGAACCUCCAAGGUGCCAUCCAGAGUGCUUACUGAAUAAUAACUGUCCCACGAACAAGGCUUGCAUACGGAAUAAAUGUGUUGACCCCUGUUUAGAUGUGUGUGGUCAAGAUGCUCUCUGUGAAGUAAUCAACCACAGUCCUAUCUGUUACUGCCCCAAGCACUUGACUGGAGAUCCAUUUAGCCACUGUGUUAAAUCACCAGAACCACCACAGCGCACAUGUGAAGGAAAUCCAUGUGGGCCCAAUGCCAUCUGUCAGGAAGUGGGUGGCUCACGAAGAUGCUCCUGUCUGUCUGGGUUCAUUGGCAACCCACCAUUCUGUCGGCCUGAGUGUGUGGUGCCAAGCGAGUGCCCUCCACUUCUUGCCUGUUUCAAGUACCGCUGUGUUGAUCCUUGUCGAGGUUCAUGUGGUGUCCAAGCCCAGUGUCAAGUUGUCAACCAUAAUCCAAUCUGCAGUUGUCUCCCAGACUUUACUGGAGAUCCCUUCAUUCGCUGCACUCCUACCCCUGUUAUGAUCACCCCAAAACCACCCAUUGUACCACCACCUGAGACUCCACCUACUGCCACACCACAACCCCUUCCACCCAUUGCUGAAACAGCACCACCCAUCAGGGACCCAACUAUUGCCCCACAAACAGCAAAGCCAUUUACCCCUCCAAAACCUGUUACAGAGCUACCUCAGCCCCCUGCACCACCUCAUGACCCUUGUAUUCCAAACCCUUGUGGUGCAAAUACUGUCUGCCACCAACAGGGGUAUCAACAUGUGUGUGAAUGUCUCCCAGGAUAUUUUAAGAAUCCCAUCUUUGGUUGUGGUCCUGAGUGUUUGCUUAAUAGUGACUGCAAGAGAGGCUUCUCUUGUGUGGGCCAAAAAUGUGUUGAUCCUUGUCCAAGAGCCUGUGCACCCAAUGCCCAAUGCAGAGUGAUCAACCAUAAUGUUAGAUGCUUCUGUCCAGAGGGCUACACUGGAAAUCCAAGAGAAAAGUGUGCCCUCAUCCCCAUUGCAAAAUACCCACCAUCCUCCACUGUGUCACCAAUCCCUGCACAACCCUGUGAUCCCAACCCAUGUGGCAUAAAUGCUGAGUGUACAGCUGUUGGCCACCAAGCUGCCUGCACCUGUCUGCCAGACUACUAUGGCAAUCCCUAUGAUAGGUGCAGCCCAGAAUGCACUUAUGACAGUGACUGUUCUUAUCAUCAGGCCUGCUCAAAAUUGAAGUGCAUUAACCCCUGUCCAGGUAGCUGUGGUGUAAAGGCCAGCUGCAAAGUGGUGAACCAUGCUGCCAUCUGCUCCUGCGAUACUGGCUAUACAGGGGAUCCUUAUCAGGAAUGUCGCAUCAUACGAACCCAACAGGUUGUACCCCCAUGUAAUCCAAGCCCCUGUGGACCCAACUCUAAUUGCCGAGUAGUUGAGAAACACCCAGUGUGCGAGUGUCUUCCAGGUUACUACGACAGGCCACCGAACUGUCGCCCUCAGUGCAUUAUCAACUCUGACUGCUCUGAGUUACUGGCAUGCAUUCAACAGAAGUGCAGUGAUCCUUGUGUGGAUGCAUGUGGCAUUGAUGCCCUGUGUGAGGUGGACAACCACAAUCCUGUGUGCUACUGUCCCAAACACCUUACUGGUGAUCCCUUCAGCCGAUGCAUUCCUUUCCCUAUUGUCCCAGCAGAACCAUCAAAACCAAGUCGAGACAACCCCUGUUAUGAAGGAUUUUGUGGUGUAAAUGCUGAAUGUCAUGCAGAAGGAACUCGUGGUAUUUGUACCUGCAUUGAGGGCUACUUUGGUAAUCCUUACAAGAAAUGUGGACCUGAAUGUGUCAUCAAUUCAGAGUGUCCACAGUACCUUGCAUGCAUUAAACAAAAGUGUGUGGAUCCAUGUCCUGGCACAUGUGGAGUAAAUGCUUACUGUGAGGUGCAUAACCACAAUCCUAAAUGUAGCUGUCCCCAUACCAUGACUGGGGAUCCCUUUGAUCUCUGUGAACCAAUUAUCGAGCCAGUCAACCCAUGCAACCCAACACCAUGUGGUGCCUACACCAACUGUCGAGUGGUAGCAAACAGGGCUGUGUGUUCCUGCCUCCCAGACUAUUCCGGAAAUCCUGAUGUUGGCUGCAAACCUGAAUGCACCAUUAAUUCUGACUGCCUCCCAAAAAAAGCAUGCAUGAACAAUAAAUGCAAGGAUCCAUGCAUUAACCAAUGCGGGCAUAGAGCUGUGUGUGAUGUGGUGAGCCACACACCACGCUGUAGUUGCCCUGAUGGUUUUACUGGUGACCCUCUUACAGCUUGUCACCGUAAGCCAGAAGUACCACCUGAUCCUUGUAAUCCCAAGCCUUGUGGUGUCAAUGCAAAUUGUAGAGCCAUCAACAAUCGAGCAGAAUGCACAUGUCCUCCAGGCUACUUUGGCAGUCCACAUGUGGAAUGCAAACCUGAGUGCAUCAUCAACACAGAUUGUCCAAGAUAUCUAGCAUGUGUGCAUCAGAAAUGUGUGGACAUAUGCCCAGAUUCAUGUGGAGUCAAUGCCACAUGUCGUAUCAUCCAACAUAAGGCUAAGUGCACCUGCUCCCCAGGCUACACAGGCAACCCACAGGUGGAAUGUCGACUUGAUGCAACUUCUCGACCUUCACCUAUAGCAGAAACUCCUAAACCUAGACCACCUCUGCCUCCAAUAGAACAACCAACUCCACCUCCAUCCCCACUGCCAAUCAUCGUUGGAUGUGAAAGCAAUGACCAUUGUGAAUUUGACACCACAUGCAUUAAUCGUAUGUGCUUGGAUAUAUGUAAACAAGAUCCAUGUGGUAAACAUGCAACAUGCCAUGUGGUUGAACACCGACCUCAGUGCUCAUGUCCACCGGGAACCACAGGCAAUCCAACAAUCAACUGUAUUCCUUUUGGCCCACCAGAUGUGCCACCUACCCUCUCUCCGAUAGCAGAAACACAAACUCCUCAUGGAGAUGAUCCAUUGAUUCCUAUUGUAGAUAAAACUACCAUAUUGCCACCACUAGUCGAGUAUCCACCAAAAAAACCUUCACCUCCUACCAGUGUAACUCCUAUAAUUAUGCCUAUUAUUCCGGAUAUAGCUAUAGCAUGCAAAAGCAAUGAUCACUGCACAUUAGAUAAUAUGUGCAUCAAUAACCUUUGCUAUCAUGUAUGCAGCCUCAGCAUCUGUGGUAUACAUUCAGACUGCAGAAUACAGGACCAUCGACCAGUAUGUAUCUGUCCCCCAGGAACUGUGGGAGACCCAACUAGACAGUGUACAGCAACACUUACCGAGCAACCUGCCACACACAUGCCACCUGUACCAGAUGAAUCACCACUUCCACCAGGUGACCCAAUCAUUCCCAUGGUGGAACCAACAACUCCUGGUCCCCCACCAGUGCCACUGCAUCCAGAGCCUCAACCACCAGAGCCACCACUUGUAAGGCCAUCCCCACCACCAACGCCAAGGCCUCUGCCAAUUGGAUGUGAGACAACUACAGACUGUCCUGGGGACAACUCCUGUGUGAACAAACUUUGCUUGGAUGUUUGUCACCCAGGCUACUGUGGUGAGAAUGCUGACUGCCACACCAUUGGUCACCGUCCCACGUGCUCAUGUCCGCCAGGAACCGUUGGCAACCCAACGAUUAAGUGUUCUGCUCUGCAAGUUGAGACAUCAUUAUCUCUUCCUCCAAUCAUAGGGGAGACACCAGAAGUAGAUGACCCACCCAUUGGUCCAACUGUGGGAUCCACAACUGCACCACCACUUCCUCUGACAGAAGCCACAACACCUACACUUCCACCACCAACAACAAUUCGACCACCUCCCCCACCAGUUGAUACAGUGAUCUUAGUGGCAUGUGAAAACAACGAUGACUGUGAUUCUGGAGACUCUUGCAUCAAUAUGUUGUGUAUUGAUGUCUGUACUCUUGGUACCUGUGGGCAUGACUCCCAGUGCAGGCCACUGAAUCAUGGACCUGUAUGUCUGUGUCCUUAUGGAACAAGCGGUGAUCCACAGGUUGGAUGCACUGCCAUUUCAACAGACAGAACUAGCACUGCUCCAAGUCCAGUUACUGAAGAGACACUCGUCAUUGAUGAGCCAGUCUCUCCUAUCGCAGGAAUUACGACAUCAGCACCACAGCCGGUGACAGAGUUCUCAACACCUCGACCAAGACCACCACCACCAGUACAACCAGUGACAGUGACCACUGAGGCUCCCAUGCCAGUUGGCUGUCAAAGCACCAGCAUGUGUCCCUUUGAUAACAGCUGCAUCAACGAACUUUGUGUCGAUAUCUGUUUCUACACAGCUUGUGGAGAUAAUGCAAACUGCCACACGGUGGAUCACAGACCCACAUGCACAUGUCCACCAGGUACAACUGGAAACCCAACAGAUAAAUGCAUUGCCAUUAAGACUGACACCCCAACAACUUUUCAUCCAGUGGCUGAGAAACCACAUCUACCAGAUUAUGAGCCAAUUGAUCCUGAACAGGAAGAAAGCUCUCCACUGCCCCCACCUCUUGUUGAAAUUGUAACAAUUAAAAGUCCAGAGCCUCUCCCUCCACGACCAACGCCACCUCCAAUCAAGCCUCCAAUUCCCAUUGCCUGUAAGAAUAAUGACGACUGCACCGUGGAUAACUCGUGCAUCAAUAAAUUGUGUUACGAUGCCUGCAGCCUUGGUCACUGUGGAACCAAUGCGAACUGCAGAAUACAGGACCAUCGACCAGUAUGUAUCUGUCCCCCAGGAACUGUGGGAGACCCAACUAGACAGUGUGCAGCAACACUCAUCGAGGAACCUGUCACACACAUGUCACCUAUACCAGAUGAAUCACCACUUCCACCAGGUGACCCAGUCAUUCCCAUGGUGGAACCAACAACUCCUGGUCCCCCACCCAUGCCACUGCACCCAAAGCCUCGGCCACCAGAGCCUCCACUUGUAAGGCCACCGCCACCACCAACGCCAAAGCCUCUGCCAAUUGGGUGUGGGGCAACUACAGACUGUCCUGGGGACAACUCCUGUGUGAACAAUCUUUGCUUGGAUGUUUGUCACCCAGGCUACUGUGGUGAGAAUGCUGACUGCCACACCAUUGGUCACCGUCCCAGGUGUACAUGUCCGCCAGGAACUUCAGGCAACCCAACUAUUAAGUGUUCUGCUCUGCAAGUUGAGACACCAUUACCUCUUCCUCCGAUCAUAGGGGAGACACCAGAAGUAGAUGACCCACCCAUUGGCCCAACUGUUGGAUCCACAACCGCACCACCACUUCCUCUGACAGAAGCCACAGCACCUACACUUCCACCACCAACAACAAUUCGACCACCUCCCCCACCAGUUGAUACAGUGAUCUUAGUGGCAUGUGAAAACAACGAUGACUGUGAUUCUGGAGACUCUUGCAUCAAUAUGUUGUGUAUUGAUGUAUGUGUCCUUGGCACCUGUGGGGAGAACUCUCAAUGCAUGCCACUGGAUCAUGGACCUGUAUGUCUGUGUCCUUAUGGAACAAGCGGUGAUCCACAGGUUGGAUGCACUGCCAUUUCAACAGGCAGAACUAGCACUGCUCCAAGCCCAGUUACUGAAGGGACGGUCGUCAUUGAUGAGCCAGUCUCCCCUAUCGCAGGAAUUACGACAUCAGCACCACAGCCGGUGACAGAGUUCUCAACACCUCGACCAAGACCACCACCACCAGUACAACCAGUGACAGUGACCACUGAGGCUCCCAUGCCAGUUGGCUGUCAAAGCACCAGCAUGUGUCCCUUUGAUAACAGCUGCAUCAACGAACUUUGUGUCGAUAUCUGUUUCUACACAGCUUGUGGAGAUAAUGCAAACUGCCACACGGUGGAUCACAGACCCACAUGCACAUGUCCACCAGGUACAACUGGAAACCCAACAGAUAAAUGCAUUGCCAUUAAGACUGACACCCCAACAACUUUUCAUCCAGUGGCUGAGAAACCACAUCUACCAGAUUAUGAGCCAAUUGAUCCUGAACAGGAAGAAAGCUCUCCACUGCCCCCACCUCUUGUUGAAAUUGUAACAAUUAAAAGUCCAGAGCCUCUCCCUCCACGACCAACGCCACCUCCAAUCAAGCCUCCAAUUCCCAUUGCCUGUAAGAAUAAUGACGACUGCACCGUGGAUAACUCGUGCAUCAAUAAAUUGUGUUACGACGCCUGCAGCCUUGGUCACUGUGGAACCAAUGCGAACUGCAGAAUACAGGACCAUCGACCAGUAUGUAUCUGUCCCCCAGGAACUGUGGGAGACCCAACUAGACAGUGUGCAGCAACACUCAUCGAGGAACCUGUCACACACAUGUCACCUAUACCAGAUGAAUCACCACUUCCACCAGGUGACCCAGUCAUUCCCAUGGUGGAACCAACAACUCCUGGUCCCCCACCCAUGCCACUGCACCCAAAGCCUCGGCCACCAGAGCCUCCACUUGUAAGGCCACCGCCACCACCAACGCCAAAGCCUCUGCCAAUUGGGUGUGGGGCAACUACAGACUGUCCUGGGGACAACUCCUGUGUGAACAAUCUUUGCUUGGAUGUUUGUCACCCAGGCUACUGUGGUGAGAAUGCUGACUGCCACACCAUUGGUCACCGUCCCAGGUGUACAUGUCCGCCAGGAACUUCAGGCAACCCAACUAUUAAGUGUUCUGCUCUGCAAGUUGAGACACCAUUACCUCUUCCUCCAAUCAUAGGGGAGACACCAGAAGUAGAUGACCCACCCAUUGGCCCAACUGUUGGAUCCACAACCGCACCACCACUUCCUCUGACAGAAGCCACAGCACCUACACUUCCACCACCAACAACAAUUCGACCACCUCCCCCACCAGUUGAUACAGUGAUCUUAGUGGCAUGUGAAAACAACGAUGACUGUGAUUCUGGAGACUCUUGCAUCAAUAUGUUGUGUAUUGAUGUGUGUGUCCUUGGCACCUGUGGGGAGAACUCUCAAUGCGUGCCACUGGAUCAUGGACCUGUAUGUCUGUGUCCUUAUGGAACAAGCGGUGAUCCACAGGUUGGAUGCACUGCCAUUUCAACAGGCAGAACUAGCACUGUUCCAAGCCCAGUUACUGAAGGGACGGUCGUCAUUGAUGAGCCAGUCUCUCCUAUCGCAGGAAUUACGACAUCAGCACCACAGCCGGUGACAGAGUUCUCAACACCUCGACCAAGACCACCACCACCAGUACAACCAGUGACAGUGACCACUGAGGCUCCCAUGCCAGUUGGCUGUCAAAGCACCAGCAUGUGUCCCUUUGAUAACAGCUGCAUCAACGAACUUUGUGUCGAUAUCUGUUUCUACACAGCUUGUGGAGAUAAUGCAAACUGCCACACGGUGGAUCACAGACCCACAUGCACAUGUCCACCAGGUACAACUGGAAACCCAACAGAUAAAUGCAUUGCCAUUAAGACUGACACCCCAACAACCUUUCAUCCAGUGGCUGAGAAACCACAUCUACCAGAUUAUGAGCCAAUUGAUCCUGAACAGGAAGAAAGCUCUCCACUGCCCCCACCUCUUGUUGAAAUUGUAACAAUUAAAAGUCCAGAGCCUCUCCCUCCACGACCAACGCCACCUCCAAUCAAGCCUCCAAUUCCCAUUGCCUGUAAGAAUAAUGACGACUGCACCGUGGAUAACUCGUGCAUCAAUAAAUUGUGUUACGACGCGUGCAGCCUUGGUCACUGUGGAACCAAUGCGAACUGCAGAAUACAGGACCAUCGACCAGUAUGUAUCUGUCCCCCAGGAACUGUGGGAGACCCAACUAGACAGUGUGCAGCAACACUCAUCGAGGAACCUGUCACACACAUGUCACCUAUACCAGAUGAAUCACCACUUCCACCAGGUGACCCAGUCAUUCCCAUGGUGGAACCAACAACUCCUGGUCCCCCACCCAUGCCACUGCACCCAAAGCCUCGGCCACCAGAGCCUCCACUUGUAAGGCCACCGCCACCACCAACGCCAAAGCCUCUGCCAAUUGGCUGUGGGGCAACUACAGACUGUCCUGGGGACAACUCCUGUGUGAACAAUCUUUGCUUGGAUGUUUGUCACCCAGGCUACUGUGGUGAGAAUGCUGACUGCCACACCAUUGGUCACCGUCCCAGGUGUACAUGUCCGCCAGGAACUUCAGGCAACCCAACUAUUAAGUGUUCUGCUCUGCAAGUUGAGACACCAUUACCUCUUCCUCCAAUCAUAGGGGAGACACCAGAAGUAGAUGACCCACCCAUUGGCCCAACUGUUGGAUCCACAACCGCACCACCACUUCCUCUGACAGAAGCCACAGCACCUACACUUCCACCACCAACAACAAUUCGACCACCUCCCCCACCAGUUGAUACAGUGAUCUUAGUGGCAUGUGAAAACAACGAUGACUGUGAUUCUGGAGACUCUUGCAUCAAUAUGUUGUGUAUUGAUGUGUGUGUCCUUGGCACCUGUGGGGAGAACUCUCAAUGCGUGCCACUGGAUCAUGGACCUGUAUGUCUGUGUCCUUAUGGAACAAGCGGUGAUCCACAGGUUGGAUGCACUGCCAUUUCAACAGGCAGAACUAGCACUGUUCCAAGCCCAGUUACUGAAGGGACGGUCGUCAUUGAUGAGCCAGUCUCUCCUAUCGCAGGAAUUACGACAUCAGCACCACAGCCGGUGACAGAGUUCUCAACACCUCGACCAAGACCACCACCACCAGUACAACCAGUGACAGUGACCACUGAGGCUCCCAUGCCAGUUGGCUGUCAAAGCACCAGCAUGUGUCCCUUUGAUAACAGCUGCAUCAACGAACUUUGUGUCAAUAUCUGUUUCUACACAGCUUGUGGAGAUAAUGCAAACUGCCACACGGUGGAUCACAGACCCACAUGUACAUGUCCACCAGGUACAACUGGAAACCCAACAGAUAAAUGCAUUGCCAUUAAGACUGACACCCCAACAACUUUUCAUCCAGUGGCUGAGAAACCACAUCUACCAGAUUAUGAGCCAGUUGAUCCUGAACAGGAAGAAAGCUCUCCACUGCCCCCACCUCUUGUUGAAAUUGUAACAAUUAAAAGUCCAGAGCCUCUCCCUCCACGACCAACGCCACCUCCAAUCAAGCCUCCAAUUCCCAUUGCCUGUAAGAAUAAUGACGACUGCACCGUGGAUAACUCGUGCAUCAAUAAAUUGUGUUACGACGCGUGCAGCCUUGGUCACUGUGGAACCAAUGCAAACUGCAGAAUACAGAACCAUCGACCAGUAUGUAUCUGUCCCCCAGGAACUGUGGGAGACCCAACUAGACAGUGUGCAGCAACACUCAUCGAGGAACCUGUCACACACAUGUCACCUAUACCAGAUGAAUCACCACUUCCACCAGGUGACCCAGUCAUUCCCAUGGUGGAACCAACAACUCCUGGUCCCCCACCCAUGCCACUGCACCCAAAGCCUCGGCCACCAGAGCCUCCACUUGUAAGGCCACCGCCACCACCAACGCCAAAGCCUCUGCCAAUUGGCUGUGGGGCAACUACAGACUGUCCUGGGGACAACUCCUGUGUGAACAAUCUUUGCUUGGAUGUUUGUCACCCAGGCUACUGUGGUGAGAAUGCUGACUGCCACACCAUUGGUCACCGUCCCAGGUGUACAUGUCCGCCAGGAACUUCAGGCAACCCAACUAUUAAGUGUUCUGCUCUGCAAGUUGAGACACCAUUACCUCUUCCUCCAAUCAUAGGGGAGACACCAGAAGUAGAUGACCCACCCAUUGGCCCAACUGUUGGAUCCACAACCGCACCACCACUUCCUCUGACAGAAGCCACAGCACCUACACUUCCACCACCAACAACAAUUCGACCACCUCCCCCACCAGUUGAUACAGUGAUCUUAGUGGCAUGUGAAAACAACGAUGACUGUGAUUCUGGAGACUCUUGCAUCAAUAUGUUGUGUAUUGAUGUAUGUGUCCUUGGCACCUGUGGGGAGAACUCUCAAUGCAUGCCACUGGAUCAUGGACCUGUAUGUCUGUGUCCCUAUGGAACAACUGGUGAUCCACAGGUUAGAUGUACUGCUAUCCUAACAUCUACACCAGAAACUGUGGCUCCAGUUACAGAAUCAGUAUCACCCCCAGCUGAUGAGUCCAUUGUAGCAGGUUAUGGUCCCAUUUCAACUGCUGCUCCACCUGUGACAGAAAAAUCAUCCCCAAGACCCACUGAUCCCCCUGUCACUCCACCAGUGAUAAUACCAACCCCUCCACCAGUCCCAAUUGGUUGUGCAGUGAAUAGUGAAUGCCCUCUCGAAAAUACCUGUGUCAAUUCUUUGUGCUUGGAUAUAUGCCAUCCUGGACUUUGUGGCUCUAAUGCUGAUUGUCAGACAGUUGGGCAUCGUCCUAACUGCAUAUGUCCUCCUGGCACUACAGGGAAUCCAACAGAAAAAUGUGUUGCAUUGACUACGAAACCUCCUGUCACACUGUCUCCACCAAUAGGACAAACAUCUCACCUUCCAGAUCCACCCAUUGUUGCUGGCAUAGGAACAUCAUCAUCUCCUCCUCCUCCUCUUACUGAACUGCCUACCACAAGGCCACCAGAGAUUUCAUCUCCCCAUCCAUCAAUUCCUCCUAUUACUGCUUUUGUUACCAUAGCUUGUAUGAAUGAUGAUGACUGUCCUGUGGAUAACUCUUGCCUGAAUCAUUUGUGCUAUGAUGUGUGUGCCUUAGGUAUAUGCAGCAACGAUGCUGACUGCAAGAUUGACAUUCACCGUCCAGUGUGCAGUUGUCCCCCAGGGACCACUGGGGAACCAACAGUGAAAUGUCAUGCACUCAUUGGAGUUACAACCACCCCAAGCACACCACUGACAGGCACUCCACCUUCACCACUUGAUGAGCCCGUGAUACCAAUCUUAUCACCACCCUCCACAAUUCCACCUCCAACUGCAGUUCACCAACCUCCUCGUCCAUCUCCGCCUCCAGUUUCCAGACCCCAACCUCCACCCACAGCUCCACCUCAGCCAGUUGGAUGUGAAAGUACAAGCAAUUGCCCACUGGAUAAUUCUUGUGUCAAUCAUCUAUGCAUGGAUAUUUGUCAUCCAGGACUCUGUGGAGAAAAUGCCGAAUGCAGCACUAUAUACCAUAAAGUUUCCUGUGCAUGUCCUCCAGGAACAACAGGAAAUCCAACUUUGAAAUGCUCAGCUUUUGUAACAUUUACUCCCCUUCCUGAAACACCACUAGUCGAAGAAAAACCACAUCCUGCUGACAAACCUCUGCAGCCUGUGUCUCUUCCAGCAUCAACCUUCUCCCCUCCUCUAGUUGAGACAUCAUCCCGUGACCCAACUCCAAUCCCCACCACUACGCUUCCUCCUGCCAUCAUUCCAUUAACACCCGUUGCCUGCAAGAAUAAUGAUGACUGUGGUACUGACAAUUCUUGCAUAAAUCUCUUGUGCUACAAUGUAUGUGGCCUUGGAAUUUGUGGAGAGAAUGCAGACUGCAAGACUGGUAAGCAUCGGCCCGUGUGUGUUUGCCCACCAGGUACUACUGGAGACCCACAAAUACAUUGCUCAGCAACUAUAAUGGAUACAACUACUCACCUUCCACCCAUUGGAUUUACCACUGAACAUUCACACCAUCCAUUAGUCCCAGUUUUAGGACCAACCACAUCAUCUGUGGCUCCCCCAAUCAUAGAGACUGUACCACCUCAAGUGAAGGAGCCACCAACUCCUCAUCCACCACCACCCAUCACAGAUGCUCCGUUGCCUGCUGGCUGUGCUACGAGUACAGAAUGUUCUUUUGAUGAAAAAUGCUACAAUUCUUUAUGUGUGAAGGUAUGCAGUCUCUUCCCAUGUGACAAGGAUCCUGAUUGCUAUGCACAAAUGCAUGAAGCAAUAUGCACCCUUCCAACACCUAUUGCUGACAUACCUGAAUGCAGAGUAGACCAAGAUUGUUUCACAACACAGAUGUGUAUUACCAAUGUGUGUCGAGAAAUCUGUAUAGUCAGUAACCCUUGUGCACCCAUGGCUGUGUGCAGUGGUGAGAACCAUCGUCCCCAGUGUAACUGCCCUCCUGGAUAUAUUGGUAACCCAUUUAUUUCUUGCCAUCUUCCACAACCACCCACACCACGUCCUCAGCCCACACCUCAUCCAGAAUGCCUUGUAGACAAUGACUGUGACUAUCACCUCGCCUGUAUCAAUGAACAAUGCCUCGACCCUUGCCUCAACAGGCAAGUAUGUGGCACAAAUGCAAAAUGUGUAGUGACAAUCCAUACACCAAUGUGUAUUUGCCAGCCAGGUUAUACUGGCAACCCUUAUGUGCAAUGCAACGAACCAUCUACUCCUGGCCCCACUACAGCUCUGCCAGACCUUAAACCACAGUGUAUACGAAAUGAAGAUUGCCCCUACAACCGUGCAUGCUACAGCAACAGCUGUAGGAAUCCUUGUGUGGUCGCCAACCCAUGUUCCCCCACAGCAGUGUGUGAUCCUGUGCAACAUCGAGCAGCAUGCUCUUGUCCUCCGCCUUUGUCUGGCAACCCCUAUCAUCAGUGUAUCACCAUGGAGAUAACCACACCCAAGCCAGACUGCCUGGUGGAUGAUGAGUGCAGUGACAAACUGGCUUGCAUUCAGCAACAGUGUCAAGAUCCAUGUGCUCUUUAUGACAACUGUGCCCCUAAUGCAGAGUGUCAUGUUACCCAACAUAGAGCAGUGUGCUCUUGUCCAGAUGGUUAUGUAGGAAACCCCAACAUCCAGUGUCUUGUAGCUGGGUGUCGAGCAAACUCUGACUGCCAUGUCCUGCAAGCCUGCAUCAACAGAGAGUGUGAAGAUCCAUGUGAUUAUGAAAUCUGUGGUACCAAUGCAGAGUGCCGGGUUGUGAAUCAGCGUGCCCAGUGCUUCUGCCCUGAAUUUUUCUUGGGUGACCCACACAUACAAUGUGAACAGCCUGACUGUAUAAAAGACUCUGACUGCCCAUCAUGGCUUGCAUGUAUCAGACAAGAAUGUCAAGACCCCUGCAACUGUGGUCCUCAUGCUGAAUGCAGAGUUAUCAACCACCGACCUAUGUGUACAUGUCCUCCAGGAUAUGAAGGAGAUGCUAAUAUUGGCUGCACCACUAAACCUGGACGAGAGCCACCUAUUGGGUGCAGGACUGAUGGAGAGUGCCACAGCAAACUUGCCUGCUUCAAUGGCGAAUGUGAUGAUCCCUGCAAGAUAAUACAACCUUGUGGUUUGAAUGCUAAAUGCAGAGUCAUUGAUACACUGCCAUUCAGGACCAUGACUUGUGCAUGCCUACCAGAUUUCAUUGGCAAUGCCUACAUAGAAUGUACACCACGUCCAACGGAACUUCCUGGGUGCACAACUGAUGAUGAAUGUCCACCAAGAGAGGUGUGUCGCAAUAGGCAGUGUCUGGAACCUUGCAGUGUGCUCAAUCCAUGUGCACCAAAUGCUGAAUGCCAGGUUAUAGAUCGACAGGUUAAAUGCUCUUGCCCACCAGACCACACAGGAAAUCCCUAUGUAAACUGUUAUCAAGCUACAGAAGAACCAGAGUGCCGUGUUGAUUCUGACUGUCCAUACAGUGAAGCUUGCAUAAAUGAGGCAUGUGCAAAUCCGUGCCUGGUAGAAGAACCUUGUGGUAAGAAGGCUCUUUGUCGCACUCAACAGCAUCGCUCAGUAUGUUACUGUCCUGAGGGAUGGGCAGGCAACCCACAAAUUGAGUGCUUUAAACCGGAAUGUGUGAUUGACGAUGAUUGUCCAGUGGAUAGAACAUGUAUCGACCAGAACUGUGUGAACCCCUGCUCCUAUAGAGGCCCUGCCUGUGGCACCAGUGCUGAGUGUCGUGCAAUCUUGCACCGGGCUCAGUGUUACUGUCCCCCGGGAAUGCAAGGCAAUCCCAGCUUGGCUUGCGUCACUGUUGGCUGCACCUCAAAUGAUGACUGUGCUGAUGACAAGGCCUGUGACUACCAGAACAAUGUCUGCAUCCCUGUGUGCGAAGCAACCACCUGUGCUCCACAGGCUGAAUGUCGUGCUGCCAAUCAUGCAGUCAUGUGUGUGUGUCCUCCUUCCCUCAGAGGCAAUCCAUAUCAUCAGUGUUAUGAAGUUCGGGAUCCACCACCGGAACCAGAUUGUCGACAAGACUCAGACUGUCCUUCAGCCCACACCUGCAUUAAUGCUUUGUGUCAGAACCCAUGUGCUCUUGACUCUCCUUGUCUGCCAUCUCAGGAAUGUCGAGUGUUGGAUGCUGUGCCACUAAGAACAAUAGUGUGUCAGUGCCCACCAGAUAAUAUACUAAUGGCAGAUGGCAGUUGUAAGCCAGGUGUGGAGCCACAUUGUGAUGAAGAUGAAGACUGUGCUACACAUGAAUCUUGCAAGGAAGGAAGUUGUAUCAGUGUGUGCCGUCUUGAUCGCUGUGGACUUAAUGCUAUUUGCAUGGGAGUAAAUCACAGAUCACAGUGUGAGUGCACCCUUGGCUUUACUGGUGACGCUCGAGUGGAAUGCCAACGACAACCUCCAGUCACAGAGGUAUAUCCACAGUGCCUGAGUAAUAAUGACUGUGAUGACACCCUGGCCUGCAUCAAUGACCGUUGCAUCAGUCCAUGCAUAUCUGAUCGUCCAUGUGGACUUGGUGCCUUCUGUCAUGUCCACAACCACCAGGCAAUAUGUAGGUGCCCAAUAGGCUUUACUGGGGACCCAGAAGUUCAGUGCCUACCAGCUGGGCCUGAUGUGGUGGCUGGAACUAACUGGACAAUAGGUGGAGAGGGCCAAAUCUGCCGCUCCCACUCAGAUUGUAGUCCUUCACACUGGUGCCAGGGAGGUAGAUGCUCUCUACUCUGCCCACACUCUUGUCCCCUCACUGCUAAUUGUCAAGUGGUGCAACAGCGGGCAGUGUGCUCUUGUCCCGCAAAUACUCAAGGUGACCCACACAUCUCCUGCUCUCCAAUUGGAUGCAAGACAGACUCAAACUGCCCCUACAAUGAAAAAUGCUAUAGUGGCACAUGCCGUGAUCCAUGUCAAGUGGGUCAACCCUGUGCCACAACAGCCACCUGCAUCACAAUCAGUCACACUGCAAAGUGCUCCUGUAGGCCAGGGCACACAGGUGACCCUACAUUACAGUGUCAAAGCCUGUACUGCACCUCCAGCAAGGAAUGCCCCUCUGAUCAAACAUGCUAUCGUGGAGCAUGUAUAGAUCCUUGCAUACUGGUAUCUUACUGCAAUAAUGGACCUUUCUGCAUCACCCAAGACCACAUCUGUACUUGUGCCCCACCCUUAGUAGGUGAUCCACACAUUAACUGUUCAAAACCACUUGUAGAUGAAUGCCUCACUGAUCUGGAGUGUGCUGAAGGACAAGGUUGCGUUGGUAAAAAAUGUAAAGAUUUAUGCUCAUACAUGAACCCAUGUGGUGCAGGAGCUGUAUGCCGGGUGGUGGAUAUGUCUCAACUCCGUACAGUGGUAUGUGAGUGUCCCCCAGGCUAUGUUCAAAGUACCCACCAUGAGUGCAUUAAAGAAGAAAAAAAAAGAGAAGGAUGCCAACAUGAUACUGACUGUCCUGUUUUCCAUGCUUGCAUUGGAGGCCAUUGUAGUGAUCCUUGUGAAAAAAGUUGUGCUGCUGGUGCAGAGUGUCGGGCCAUCAACCACCGCCCCAUCUGUUACUGUCCUCCAGGCUACAUGGGAGAUGGUUAUGAUCAUUGUUUACCUCCAGAGUGCAUACAUGACAGUGACUGUUCCAAUGAAACUGUCUGUAUGAAAAACAAGUGUACAGAUAUUUGCAAGGUGGCAAACCCUUGUGGUUCUAAUGCUAAGUGUCACAUCAUUAGGCACACCACAAAAUGUACUUGUGAACCUGGAUUCACAGGAAAUCCCAAUUUGAACUGUGAUAAGAUAGACUGCCUUAAGGACUCAGAUUGCCCACCCACCUUAUCCUGCUUUGAAUCCAGCUGUUUGGACCCAUGCCAUACCAGCAAUCCUUGCAGUACCACUCAGACCUGCACUGUUGUAGACCAUCAAGUAAAGUGUUCCUGUCCAAAGGGCCACACACGCAACAGUGUAGGAAAAUGUGUGCCCCUUGUUUCUCCUCCAUCUUGCACCUCUGAUCCGGAUUGUCAACUGGGAGAAGCUUGCCUUGAUGGCACCUGUCAAGACCUUUGCAAAAGAACUCUUUGUGGAAAUCAAGCCACUUGUGUAGCUCAGCUGAGGCAUGGCCUUGCCACCAUUACUUGCCAGUGUGGACCCAGCAUGACAGGAGAUCCCUUCAAGGAGUGUAUUACAAUCCCUAGUCCAGGCUGCACUUCCCAUCAAGAUUGCCCUCAGAACCAAAUGUGUUUGGAAGAUGAAUGCAGAGAUGCCUGCAAGAAUAAUCCCUGCGGUCCAGGUGCCACCUGCCGUAGCACAGGUCAUCGUGCCAUCUGCACUUGUAUUGCUGGCUAUCAAGGGGAUCCACUUCUUAAAUGUACUCCAGUUGGGUGCCGACAGAAUGGAGAUUGUUCACCUGAGCAUGCAUGUGUUAAUGGUCGCUGCAAGGAAGCAUGUGAAGCUGACAAUCCUUGUGGAUAUGCUGCCAAGUGUCAAUCAUCAAGUCUAGGUCCUGUCUGCUUAUGUCCUGAAGGCUUUGCUGGUGAUCCCUUUGUAAAAUGUCAACCUAUAGGGUGUUCGCAAAAUUCAGAAUGCCCAAACAAUCACCAGUGCUUAAAUCAACAGUGUCAAGAUUCUUGCAGCCAGAUAAGAUGCGUCACCAAUGCUAAGUGUCGUGUUGCAGACCACGUGGCAAAGUGUUAUUGUCAAGCAGGUUACGAGGGUGAUCCUGAUCAUUACUGCUCACUGAUCCCUGUACCAGAUUGUAAACUUGACCAUGACUGUUCAUCCUCACAAGGAUGUCUUGAUGGACACUGUGUGGACUUGUGUGAAAAAUUACAGCCAUGCAGUUCUGGUGCAGUGUGCCAGGUUCUGAACACCAAGCCUGUAAAAGCAAUGUCAUGUGUUUGCCCUGCUGGCUACAGUGGAGACCCUCAAUUUGCUUGUAUCCCAGAUCAAUUUGACAGAGGCUGUAAGAGUGACUUGGACUGCCCACUGGUAUUGGCAUGUGAAGCAGGGAUAUGCCGCAAUCCAUGCCCUGGUGGAUGUGGCCCAGGUGCCCUCUGCACAGCCCAAAACCACCGUCCUGUUUGUCACUGCCAACCUGGUUAUGCUGGAAAUCCUCAAAUAGGUUGUACUAAAAUUGACUGUGAAGAAGACUCCACUUGUCCAGACUCUGAAGUAUGCAAACAUCAUGUAUGCAUGGAUCCCUGUAAGGAGAACAAUACCUGCCCUCCAAGUGCUGUGUGUGUGAGCACCAACCAUCAAGCACAAUGUGAGUGUCCCCCUGGCACCACAGGAAAUCCUAAACACUCAUGCCAGAUAGUUGAAUGUGUCAACAAUAAUGACUGUAGAAACUUUGAGGCUUGUGUUAAUGGUGAGUGCAAGGAUCCUUGCACUUAUUAUAAUCCUUGUGCUAAGGAUGCCUCGUGUCGUGUAGUUGAUCACAUGUAUAAAUGUUACUGCUUACCUGGCUUUACUGGUGAUCCACGAUUCAGCUGUGAAGAACCCAAGGAUCCUAGUUCUUGUGUAGUGGACCAGGACUGUAUACCCACCCAUGGAUGCAUCUUGGAUUCACUAAUAACUCGUUAUCAUAACAAAGUUUCUGCAGUAUACAUCCGUCAGGAAGACACUGAUUCAAGUGCUUCAUGCCGUGACCUAUGCCGGGAGCACAAGCCUUGUGGACCAAAUGCUGUCUGUUCUGUAAUAGACUCCACUCCACUUAGAUCAAUGAGCUGUGCUUGCCCACCAGGCUAUCAUGGUGAUGCCAAGAUUGAAUGUCGUUCAAUACCAUCACAAGGAGGCUGCACCCAGCACUCAGAUUGCCUGUUCAGUGAGGCAUGUAUUGAAGGCCUGUGUAGUGAUCCUUGUCAUUGUGGUAUCAAUGCUGAGUGUUACGUCUCACAACAUCGACCUUACUGCACCUGCCCUCCAUCCUACACAGGCGAUCCUAGUGUGGCAUGUUACAGAGUGGAAUGUGUUAAUGAUGUUGACUGCCCAAAUGACAGAGCAUGUGUAUCACAAAAGUGCAUAGACCCAUGCUUACAAGACUCCCCAUGUGCAUCAUCUGCAAAAUGCUCUGUAGAUCAACAUAAAGUGGAGUGUUCUUGCUCUUCUGGUGAAAAUGGUGAUCCUGAAGUGGCAUGUCUUGCCAUUGGCUGCUUAAGCAAUGAUGAGUGUCCUCCAGAACGUGCCUGCAUAAACCAAAAGUGCCAGGAUCCUUGCAAGCCUAAUCCAUGUGGCCUCGGAGCGCUCUGCAUCAACCAAGAUCACAAUUUCACGUGCUCCUGUCCUCUAGGGCAUCACGGCCGUCCUACUGUGGCCUGCCAUCCCCCAGUUACUGCAUGUAUAAUGGACCAGGACUGUGGAAUAGGUUUGGUGUGUGUGUAUGGGUUGUGUACUGACCCAUGUAAGGAAGAAAGGCCUUGUGCAGGAAAUGCUAACUGCACUGUUCAAGAAACACGACCCAUCAAAUCUGUGACCUGCACCUGUCCUCCAGGGUUCUCAGGCGACGCUCAAGUUCAGUGCCGCAGAAUAAUUGAGGAGCCUCCAGUGGAAUGCUCAGAUGACAGCCAGUGCCCAGAGCUGCUGGCAUGCUUGGAGGGACACUGUCUGGAUCCCUGUGCCUGUGGACAGAAUGCUGUCUGUCAGAUUGUUAACCAUCGUGCAGUGUGUUCCUGUGCCUCAGACUAUUCAGGAGAUCCCUACACCUCUUGCUACCCUCUAAUUGUCUGUGAGCACAGUGAGGACUGUCCAUCCUCCCUCACCUGUAUCAAUGAACAAUGUAAGGACCCAUGCUUGGCCACCAACCCAUGUGAUAGCAGUGCCCUGUGCUUUACUGACAAACACAAAGCUGAGUGCCGUUGUUUACCUGAAAUGGAGGGAGACCCUUACAUUGGUUGUGAAAUUCGCAAAUGUGACAGGGACAUUGACUGUCCACAAGAUCAUACUUGUUUGGAGAAUAAGUGUGUUGAUCCAUGUGCACAGACCAAGUGUGCUCCUGGAGCCCUAUGCAUCUCCAAAGGCCAUCAAGGGAUGUGUCAGUGCCCAGCAGGGUAUGGAGGUGAUCCUGCAAUUAAGUGUGAACAAACACAAGAGCCAGCCUGCACAAGUGACCAAGAGUGCAUGGUGGGCCUGGUCUGCUCCAGCCAUCAAUGUCAGGAUCCCUGUAUCUCACAUGUGUGUGGAAAUAACACUUACUGCCAAGUUGUUGAGUCAGUGCCAUUCAAGACCAUGGUUUGCAAGUGUUCACCUGGUUUCCAGGGUGAUCCUCUAAUACAAUGCAGGCAAAUUCCAGUGGAAGCCUUUUGUGUACGUGAUGCAGACUGUGCUCUUGACUUGGCAUGCAUGGGAGGCAAGUGCCAGGAUCCCUGCAGAUGCGGAGAAAAUGCCUUCUGUAAUGUCGUUGAGCACAGGCCUAUCUGUACCUGCCAGCUUGGUUAUGAGGGAGACCCAGAGAUUGCUUGUACACCUAUUGGAUGCACCAGCGAUUCCCAGUGUUCAGAUGAUCGUCUGUGUUAUGAAAGCAACUGCAUCAACCCAUGCCUCCUUGACAAUCCAUGUGCUCCACAAGCUGAGUGCCAUGCUGCUGCUCACAAAGCUGUAUGUUUGUGUCGCUCUGGUUAUGAUGGUGACCCUCUCAAGGAAUGCAAAAUUGUUGGCUGUACCACAAAUAGUGACUGUCCACCUGAUCGCAUGUGCCUUAACGGUCGUUGCCUCGAUCAGUGUAUUUACAACAACAAAUGUGCCUCUGAAGCACAAUGCCGCAGCAUUAACCACCAGACCGAGUGUCGCUGUCCUGCUGGUUUAUCAGGAGACCCAACAAUUGCUUGCUUUGAGACACAGCAGCCAGUCUGUCUCUCAGACUAUGACUGUGAUGUAGAUUUUGCUUGCAUGGAUGGUCUAUGCCAACAGCCAUGUAAAGUAUUAAACCCAUGCCAGAAGCCAACAGUUUGUCAACUGGUCACAACACGUCCCCUGAAGACUAUGACUUGCACCUGCCCCACCCACAUGGUCACUUCACGCCAGGGACAAUGUGUUGACUUGGAAACACCUAUAAGCGUGGGCUGCCGUGCCAACAGCGAGUGUCCCAGAGACACUGCUUGUCUCAACACCCGCUGUAUCAAACCUUGUGACUGCGGUGAACACACUGAGUGUUACGUGAUUGACCACCGUCCCAUCUGUGCCUGUCUUCCAGGCUACCAGGGCAAUCCCAACCUUGGCUGCCACAAAGUUGGCUGCACCCAGGAUGAAGAAUGCCCCCAUGAUAAGAUGUGCCACAGUGGUGUUUGUGUUAAUCCCUGCAGUGUGAAUGACCCGUGUGCUAUCAGUGCUGAAUGCUAUCCAGAAGAACAUCGUGCCAAGUGUCGCUGUCCACUUGGAUUGGAAGGUGAUCCUUUCCUGGAAUGCAGAUUGGUAGGAUGCAGGAGCAACUCUGAAUGUCCCACAACUAAGGCAUGCUUCAAUCGCAAAUGUGUAAAUCCAUGUCUCUACAACAAUGAAUGUGCUGCUAAUGCUAAUUGUCAUGUGUUCCAACACAUGACUUAUUGUCAUUGUCCUCUGGAUAUGCCAUUUGGUGAUCCUAUGGUCAUGUGUGAAGAUCGUCCACCAAUAGCUGACGCUCCAGAACCUGAGUGUCAAGAGGAUGCCGACUGCCUCAGUAAGAGAGCAUGUAUUAAUGAACGUUGUGUCAACCCUUGUCACAUACUAAACCCUUGUGAUGAAACUGCUCAAUGUGAUGUCACAGAUUCAUUACCGGUGCGAACCAUGAUCUGCACUUGUAUUGAAGGCUUUGUAAGAACUGAUGAAGGAAUAUGUAAAGAAGUAGAGAUUCCCAUCUCACCUGGUUGCCAAGCUGACUCUGAGUGCCCUGAAGAAGAGGCCUGCAUUAAUCGCUUAUGCCGCACACCAUGUGACUGUGGACCAAAUUCAGAGUGUGAGGUAAUGAAUCACCACCCAGUGUGCACCUGUCAAGUCGGAUACCAGGGCAAUCCUGAUAUCAGUUGUUUCCCAAUAGGAUGCCAACAAGAUUCAGACUGUGAAGACCAUCAAGCCUGUUAUGAUGGUGUGUGUGCUAACCCUUGUUUGGUCAAUGAUCCAUGUGCCACCAAUGCUGAGUGUUAUGCAGAGGAACAUCGAGCCCUCUGUCGCUGUCCUUCUGGACUACAGGGUGAUGGUUAUGUUGAAUGCCUCAUUGUUGGGUGCAGAGCUAACUCAGAAUGUCCUAGUGAUCGAGCUUGCAUUAAUACACAGUGUGUUGAUCCUUGCUUAUUUGAUAAUCCCUGUGCUCCUAAUGCAGAGUGUAUUAAUAAGGACCAUCAAGCUCUCUGUCGCUGUCCUCCCGGCACCUUUGGGGACCCUAGCCAACAGUGCCUGUCUGCCCCUCAACCUGAUUGUGUAUCUGAUGCUGACUGCCCUAGCCAGCAUGCUUGCAUUUACGAGAAGUGUGUCAACCCAUGCAAAGUGCUAGAACCAUGUCACAAAAAUACCGAGUGUAGAGUUGUUGACACUCUCCCUGUACGGACAAUGAUAUGCAUUUGUCCUGAUGGCAUGGUAACAGAAACUGGAGGAGAAUGCAAGCAUGUGCCAGUGAUUACGCCCAUCUGUGAAGUAAAUUCUGAGUGCCCUUCAGACAAAGCUUGUUUCACCAACUUCUGUAAAGACCCUUGUCAAUGUGGUGCCAAUGCCAAUUGUGAGAUAGUGGAACAUCACCCUCUUUGCACUUGCAAGCGUGGUUAUGAAGGUGAUCCUAAGAUUGGUUGUUAUGAAAUAGGGUGUUAUGGUACCGAUGACUGCCCAACCACACAUGUAUGCCGCAAUGGUCAAUGUGCUCCAGUGUGCGGCCCCAACAAUGAGCCUUGUGGUCGGGAUGCUAUAUGUCAGGGUGUUGAGCAUGAAGCAGUGUGCUACUGCCCACCUGGCUCGCAAGGUAAUCCUCGCACACAGUGUCUUGCUAUUGGCUGUGUCUCUGAUGAUGCUUGCCCUGAUGACCGCAGUUGCAUCAACCAACGCUGUGAGUCUCCAUGUGUUUUGGACCCUUGUGUAAAGCCUGCUGAAUGCCAAGUCUUUGGUCACACUCCAGACUGCCCAUGCCCACCAGGGUUCAACAGGACUCUAGAUAAUGGCUGUGAAAUGAUCAUUGUUGGAUGCCGCACAGAUGGAGACUGCCCUAGUCAAACUGCAUGCAUCAAUGAAAAAUGCAUUGACCCAUGUACCCUAGACCCCUGCACAGAAAACACAGAAUGCCGCAUGAUUGAUACAGUUCCUGUCAGGACCAUAGCUUGUGAAUGUCUUCCAGGAUAUCAGGGUGACGCUUUGGACAAAUGUAUCCCAACUCCAGUGUGCCCAUUCGAGAAGGGCUUUGUCCUGACAGAAGAUGACCGCUGUGUGUGUCCAGAAGAACGAGGCUUUUAUGUGGAUGAAAAUGGCAACUGCCAGCGUUGCCCAGUUGAAGUGGGCUUUGUACUUACUAAGGAUGGCAGGUGUAUUUGUGACCCAGAGAAAGGCUAUGUAUUAACACAUGAUGGCACCUGUGACUGUCCAGUCACCCAUGUGAAAAGUGAUGAUGGCACUUGUGUUAUCCACACAGAGCCACCAAUAAUUUCUGGGUGCACCAGUGAUGACGACUGCCCAACUGACAAAGCUUGUGACCGAGGCAACUGUGUGCCACCAUGUGGUUUUGAUCCAUGUGCCAAGGCUGCUAAAUGUGACAAUGUGAACCACCGUGCCAACUGCACUUGUAUUGCUGGUUACUCAGGGAACCCUUACAAGGAAGAUGGCUGCAAAGAGUUAACCUUCUGGAGAACAGACUUCCCUCGCCCAGAGAUGCUGGUUAACUGUCUGGCUGAUGGUAUACAGGUUGACAUCAACAUCGACCCAGCAUUCAAUGGUGUCAUGUAUGUUAAGGGAUAUUCCAAGAAUGAGGAGUGUCUCAGGGUGAUGAGGCCUGAAGUUGACACAGAAACCAUUGAUUUUAAAGUCAAGUUCAACACCUGUGGUUUAGUACACGAAAAUGGUCUGGCAAGGUUCAUCUUGGUGCUGCAGAAACAUCCAAAGCUAGUAACAUACAAGGCCCAAGCAUACCACGUCAAAUGCACCUAUAAUACAGGAGAGAAAACCAUAACCAUUGGCUUCAAUGUAUCAAUGUUGACAACUGCUGGAACAAUAGCCAACACUGGACCUCCUCCCACCUGCCUCAUGAAGAUUACUAACCCUGAUGGAGACAGCAUUAACAAAGCAGAGAUUGGCGAUCUGCUUACGCUUAGAAUUCAAGUAGAGCCAUCAAAUAUCUAUGGUGGAUAUGCACGAAACUGUAUCGCCCUGACUGCCAAUACUGAUGGGACUGACAAUGAGCAUCUUGUGACUGAUGAGCAUGGAUGUGCAACAGACCCAUCCAUCUUUGGCGAAUGGGAACUACAUAAGGAUGGAAAGACACUAGUUGCUAUAUUCAGUGCCUUCAAAUUCCCAGCUUCUAAUUCUAUACGCUUCCAGUGCAAUGUCAGAGUCUGCUUUGGGCGAUGUCAUCCUGUCAACUGCAAUGGUUAUGAUGCCUUUGGCAAGCGUCGUCGUCGAGAUGUUGAUAAUGAUGCCGAGGUGUUAUAUCAGCCUGAGGCUGUUUAUGAUGGCCAGUUAAGGGAAAUUGAAGUCCAGUCUCAGUCCAUCUUUACUGUAGAAACUAGAACCGAGAGAUUCACUGCCCCCCAAGAAGAGGUCCUUGUCCCAGAGGAGGUGUGUGUUAGUAAGUGGGGCUUCAUCAUUGCCCUCAUCAUCACAGCACUGUUAGCCUUAGUGGCAGUUGCAGUGGCUGUAUCAUGUUGGUUAAUGGCAUACAGACGUCGUCCAAAACAUGGUGGCCCACUUCCUCACCCGCCCGAGUUUCCUAACCCUCUCUUCACCACACCUGAGCCCCUUGCAGAACCCUCUCCAGACUACCUGUCCUGAAGAGCAGAAGCCACCAACUGAAUUACUAUUAACUGUGAUUUUUUUUUUUUCACAUACACAAAUGAGCAUUGUGCUCCCCUGACUCAUCACCAUUGAGUGCCUGUUUCUCAUAUUAAUAUCCUGAUACCGACUUUUGCAGAGUUUUGCAAAUAAAAAAGUGAGAUACAGUGUGGCAAGAGAGUGCCCAAGGUGUAUGUUCCCUUAACACAACCUUGUCCUAAGUUGAGCAGAAAUCACUUGGGGAAUGAACACUAAGGAUGCUAGCUAGUCACACGUGUGUAUGUGUUUUGUUUGUGUUGAGUUUGUGUGUGUGUGUGUGUGUGUGUGUGCGCGCGUGUGUGCACGCUAUUUAAAUAAUAAUGGACAUUUUUUCAAUUUUUUUAUUUUUUUUUAUUUGUUGUACAAAGCAUUAAGUAUUUUACUGAUAAUGUCCAUGGAUUUAUGUUAAAUGAGGCAUCUUGGGCAUCAUUUUCGGCCGGACCAAACGGUGGCAUGUAGUCCCCAUUGACUUAAAUGGAGCCCUGAGUGUGGCAGCCUUCAAAAGGUAACUCUUAUUAGCUCAUCAAUAUUCCAAAGACUCAAGUUUGUACUUUAUUCUACUAGGAACAAUUAUGUAAUGCAUAGGUUAUAACAGGCUAGUGCACCUGGACAUGUCCCUGUUCUGUCCAGCUUCUUCAUGUGUCAAAAGUAAUGUGGAGAGUUAGUUUUCAGCUUUGUGUGUGUGUGUGUGUGUGUGUGUGUGUGUGUGUGUGUGUGUGUGUGUGUGUGUGUGUGUGUGUGCAUCUGCUGAGCCAGAAAACUUAUUAACUCUUCAUAUUACAGUGUAUAAAGUUGGUCUGUCAUGGCGGCUAUGGGGAGUCACAGAUGGUUCAUGAAAGCAUGAAUGCUGCGUUAGAGGUUAGUGAUGUCCAAAGUAAUAUUUACAGAUGCACAAUGGGUUGAUCUCCCCCUAUCUACUUGACAGUACCUUGUAGACAAUUAAAUUGUACUUUAUUAUAUAUCUUGUGCAUGUAGGUGCUCCAGACACAGUUUACAUUACCUAUCAACCUGAAAACAGGCAGGAAUCAUGUCAGAAUAACAGAUGACUCAGUUAGUGAGGGGCAGUGGUGAAAGUUGAAUUUGAAAAAAAUGAAAAAUAAAAUAAAUAAAUAAAUAGAAAAUAUUGACAAAACCUCUAGCAGGCCUUCAGAAAAUCAGUACACUUUUUUAGGUUUACUAUGCCACUGUCCCUUAAGAUUUCCCAAACUCUGGCUGUUAUAGAAAAUUUUGAUAACUGAGCUAAGUUUAGAAGUAUGUAUAAUGAAUAUGUUCAGUAGCUCAUAAAAUGAUUACAUUUCAGCCAUAAAAGUUUUGCCAACUCUCCUUUUUAUAACUUUCACUAACAUAAGAACCAAGGCAAGCCAGUUGUGGCAUUCUGUAUGUAACUUACUUGAAUGGACUUUAACAAAGGCAUAUUUCUUCACUUGUUAUACUUGUACUGUGAUCUGUGCGUUGGUGCUUGCUUUAAGCCAAUAUGCCUUUGUUUGACUCGUGGGUAAUUUCCUGUAUACUGUUUUAUUCUUAGAAAUUGUCAAUCACUGGUGAUGGGGCCUAAAAGUAAAAAAAAAAAAAAAUCAGUCUUGCUGUCAAAAUGUAACAGUUAACAUGGUGAUGGGUGUCUACUGGGGUAUCCAGCUCACAUGGCUUGCCUUGUCUUUCUUUUUUUUUUUCUCAAUGCUUUAAACCUCUUAAUAUCAUCUCGCCUGUAAUAUAUACACCUGUUAUCUAAUAAAGGAUAUGGAACAAUAA